AUGAAAUCGAAUGCAUCGAAGAAUGCGCUUUCGACAGUCGAAAGGGCGGUCAAAUGUAUGUUCACUCAAAUAAUAAUAGGCAAUAAUUCAUUGAAGCUGUUCCAUAUCCUCCCACUCAUAGGCUCAAAAUUUCCGACAUAUUCGAAUCGCAGGGAAAACCCAAUAUCGAAAUUUUGAAGCAACACUUCAUCUUGGAAGGCCGUUUGACGGAUGACGCUGCACUGAAGAUAAUAAACGAUGGUGCUGCGCUACUACGCGAGGAAAGAAACGUUCUGGAGAUUGAAGCGCCAGUUACAGGUAAAAAUACACGUUUUCGCGUGUAUAUUUUAGAGUUUGUUUCUUGACAGCCGCGUGCUUAACAGGUUACCACUAAGUCGUUUUUUUCACAGAAACCUAACUCCAUAUUACCCAGAACACAUGUACAUAUUUGACUGCUCUUUGUCUGCUUUUGCAUGAUUCAUUUUUGAUGGGUUCCGCUUUAAAUUUUUCUCCUAAGUAUUGUUCAUGCCGUUUCUAUUUCGGCUAUAGUUAGCCACUGGGAUUUACGUUUGUCAAGGUUUUGUGAAUUUCAAGUGGACUUGCUAAAACAAGGCCUGUUAGGUCUUAUCCCGCUUUUAUGCAAGCACUGUCUGAAGACCUUCGCCCCAAACGCCACAAUACGCCUGAUGAGUUAUAUUUUGUUAACGUUGCAAUGACUUCUGCAAUCGGAUUAGACGGACUUAUGAACCUUUAUUGUUCGAGCCCCGGCAAUACCGCUAUGUGCGUCGCUGUGUUUUCGCCUUUUGGGCCUACUGUGGUGUUUUAACGAGGUUCAGGUUUUAAAUAUCGGACGAUUUAACCACAUGUCUUCGAGUGGCAUAUUUCCGCAAAUGUGUAGUACAGCAGUCAGUCUUUCUGAAUUUAUUGCAUCCCAUUGCGUCUGCUAAGGGUCUCAGCGCAUAGUGUAUCCUGUCUUCAACAGCUGAAUAUACUAGUCUUGGAUAUUCAAACUGCAACGACUCGCAUGUAUAUCAUUGAUUCUACCACACCUUAUCCAUGGAGUGGGUAGGAUACCAUGAAUUCAAACGCAUCGGCCGUAUUAUACGUUGUUAAACAUUUUUUCCUUCUCCAAAGCUGCUUUUGUGAGCAUUUCUCCCAUUUUAAAUUUUAUGUGGCUGAAAUCCGAUGUACGUUUUACUCAUUCGUAUGAAAUAUCUACGUUGCCCUUGUGCCACAGUUAAAAAGACCUUUUUCCGCUUUGAAUAUUCGCACUCGAAAUUUUUGCUAGGGCUGCUUCUGAGCUAGCUUUAUUGUUCGUACGUAGAUUUUGAAGAGCUAACAUAGAAGUUUUUUCUCGUGGUAUACACCACUACCCCACGCCUAUGAUUAGGUGAUCUUGGUAGAUUAUUUUGACGCUUCAGUUUAAUCGGGCAUUGCAGUUAUCUUUGUUCCCACUGCAUACUUAAAAUCUUAAGUGAUCCCUAGGCUGGAAGAGGCCUUGCUACUAGUGUUUCUAGCAUAUUCAAUAAAUUGAAUUUUCAUGGUUUAGUUAGGAAGUAUAGCUGUAUUUUCUCCGCCCUUUCUCAGGCCUUUCAUUAUACCAAUUAUCCUCAUGCAGCUUGUCGGUAGCAUCUAUUCUUUGCAGAUUCUCAGACGAUCCAGUUAGUUUGGUGAUUUGGUAUGAACUUAUAAAUUCAGCUAGCAUGUGGAAAGAUUUUGAAGCACUGUGCUUGCCUGGCUUCACGUCUAGUCAAUAGAAGCGAACAGGCGAGUUCCAGGAAGCAGUUAAGAAGAAGCGAUCGCCGGAAUAAGAAGCUCUUUUGCCUGGCGUUUCGGAUUCUCACUCGAACCCAUUGUCAGAGACAUUUGCAGAGAAAGGCAGUGGAGGCACAGACUGCAGUAUUUAUAGUACGUAGCGGCCGUGGGGACACACACAUACUAUAAUUACCAGCUCUCCCGAUCACCGCUGGGGUCGUAGUUGAAGUGAUUAUGGCUCGUCAGUCCAGAUCCGAGUCGUUAAUUGCCGCAAUUUCAUCAUGCGUGUUGGAUGUUGGCGUGAUGAUUGCUCGGCAAUUUGGUCCGCUCUCACCGGGACUAUUGCUCCCCCACGCCCUCCCCACGUGACUGAUUCCCCUGCUCAGGGAAUGUCUGAACACCGAAUAUGGUACCAGGAGGUCAUUGCGUUUGUCAAUGGAUUAAGAGCCUGAGAACCAUGAUUCGACCAGCUCGCGGCUCACGUGGUUUUCACCUCUUGCAAAGAUUUUGGCCCCUUGAAACUUGAAAAUGUGGCCGGGUUCACGUCUAGUCGUGGCUAAUCAACGGUAAAUCACAUUACGCUAACUUGAUAUAGUGCUUAUCAGUAAUCAGUAGAAACACUAAAAGACGACGUCUGCAGAAGUACAGACCGUUUUAAUCAUAUCUAAAACUGAGAGGAUUUGCAAAUAAAAUCGACAGGUAAAAUUUGAUACUAGCGUCAAUGCAAGCUGCAAAGCCUGGGCUCUGCGCUGCGCACGUUUUUAAACCAGCUGCUUAAGAGGCACCGUUCGGCCAAAGAAGAUAAGGGCGAGUUAAUUUAUCAUUGUUUUGCAAAUGAUGACGAUCGGCGAAGGUGCCGUUCAAGUAAUGCACGAAAUACAAUAGUAAUCGUAGUCCUAACUUCAUGGGCACUCUGCCGGUCACAGAAGAUGCUGACAUGUUCGCCUUCCUUGUAAAGAAAUUCUUGGGAAACAUAAACGUGCGUCUUGACACCAUGUGAAUUAAGAGCUUCUGGUUAGUUGUUACGAACGUCCAGUGCGUAAGUGGUGUUCGAGGGGGUUGAGGACAUCAAGUUGAGGCCUUAUUUCCUUGCCGGGUGGAUCGUAAACUAAGGUAAUUUCCUCUAAGCCAAACGAGUGCUGCUGAUCUUCCUCACGUUUUGGGACAACCUCAAUGGCUGAGGAGGCAGCGAUCUCCACUUUUUAUGGUUGAACAGAGGGUUCUAUUAUCAUUGAUCACCUAUUAUUACUAUAGUGGCCAAAACCCGAACACCUUGCUCAGAAGUCGAAGAAGACUAACACUUUCCAUACAAAGCGUCUAAGCCAUCGUAUCCUGCAUCUUAUUAACAGUGAAUUCGUUGAGAAACGUCACCGUUUGCUGAGAAUUAUGUCACUGAAGCAAAGAAAGUCCGUCGUAUCUCUGUAUAAACUAUUUGCAUCUCUUUAUUUGUUGUCAGAACAUAGAUUGUCGCAAACCAUGUUGUCUUCAGUCUUCUAAACACAAACGGACGUAGUCGAGUACCCACUUAGUUAGUGAGAAACCCUGUCAGACACGACGUCACAUUAUGGCUAGCGGAUCGUCUGAGUUUAUUCUUCCUGUUUCAAUCUCUUACGUGCGUCUUUACAUAACUGUUAUUUCCUACGAUAAAAUAAGGUGCGGACAACUGCUGACCCAAACUAUCGUCCGCUUUUCAAGUAGUUAACAUGUAAAACAUCACAAGAGUACUGGGCAAUUAUGCGGAAAGCCAACGUGGGCAGUAAUUUUGUUCUUAUUUUUUGAGAAUUAAUCAUUAAAGAUAUAGACACAAAUAUAUGUACAAUACCAUACCUGCCUCCGAGUCCGCUAACUUCCAAACCGUUCGCCAGAAAUCCUUUUAGACUGGAUUUUAUCCCCGACAUAACAUAACACCUACGGGACUUCUCCGGCCGACAUCUGUUUCGGAGUCUCCUCACGUACUCCGAGUCUCUUUUAAUUAUACGUGAUACGGCUGCGAUUAUACCUGAUAUAGCUGGCUUCGGUCGUGUGACGGAUUUUACUUCUACACGCUUGAAGAUCUGUGGCAGCGCAUCUAGUGGGCGCAGCCCAUUCUGUUCUUCAUUGACGGAGGUCGAAUGCCAAAUAUCUAAGAACCACUCACAUCUCUUGACGGCCUGUGUUGAGCCAGUUUUUGAGCUGACUCCUCCGGCGUCUCCAGAUGGGCGGCCGCGCCAUAUAAAGAACUGUAACACUAAACAUAUGCUACGUACGGCGAAAGACGUGCCCAAACUAUCCCUGCUGCGGUUUUUGGAUCUUGGAAUAUCUUUGUGGUUUGUCUCAGUGACUCAAACCGAAGACGAUGUGUUUCACCCAAAGGACGAUGCCAAGACUCCAGCGUACAACUUCCAGUUUUUGUUUGCCCAGCUCAGAAUUCACAGCCGCACCAGAGAACUGACCGAACGGAUCUCCGCCACGGUGACGAUGUCGCAUCGAGUCAGUAGGCGCUUUCUAAUGAUUACGAAAACCCUCGCGGGUAGCGCCGAUUUGUGAGAAAAUUUUGUUCAUGCUGUUAUUUGUCAGCAACUUCAUCUCGAUGUAUUUUAAACUGUCCAUUUAUUCUGGCGCACAACAAUUAAUCCGGAGUGACUCCUUCUACAGUUCAGAAAUGCGGUUCGAUAAAACUUGAGUUCUCUCAACGUUUAUAAAUAUUUCAGAUGUAGCUAUCUUAUUCGCUCAUGAAGGCUUGUCCACGAGUUCAGUCGCUGAUGUGGUUGAACAGGAUGGGCGACAGAGGGCAGCCAGGGCGCAUUCCAGACUGAAUAGCGAGCGACUGGAAAAGAUCGUUGCGGACCAGAAUUCGCGCAGUGGUGAGCGGUAACAGGCUCUGAUUAUGUCGAGAUUUCUGACGGCCUACCGUCUGGCUCCAUAAUCUGCCACAUGGAUUCAUGAUAGCCGUGGCUGAACUCUGCGGCACAGCCGUAAAUGGAGACGUCUGUCGGUUUCUGGUAGUUACGGAGGAACUCAGGAAUGUUUCGCAGCGUGGGUAUCUGGUUGGUACAUCGGUGCUCAGCUCAGAAUUCUGUUUAGUCGAGUCACCUCUUGAGGUCGCACACACCCCGAAACUGCUUGAGGAUCGUCAAAGAAAAGACCUUUGUAGCAAUGCUGAUGAGUUGUAUGCCACAACAACUCUCACACUUUGUCUAAUCUGUUGCUUUCAAGACAGACACAGGGGUGGCGAAUCUCCAAUAACUAGAAACGGGUUUAAAUACCCACGCCUGCUCGGUUACCUCAUAAGGUCAGGGUACCGGGGCAUUGGCACAUGGCUUAUGGUCAUCAACGUCUUGGAAGUCGUUCAAAAUAAUGGUUUUAAUAGCGGAACCAGUCACAUCUGUCUUUGGAAGUUUUCGGUAAAAGUGAAAUCGUGCAGUGUACGUCGGAGCCCUUCGUUUCUCAAAUAUGUUAUCCUUGGGCUAUUUCGAGAGAUAGACGCCUAAUUCACAUGGAGUCAGCAAAUAAUGUUUACGAGACAAAAAUUCGCCUCUCUUAUACGCCCUUUUUGCUCCACAGUUGCCUAUUGGUCACACAAUGCUAAGAAAAGUGACCUUAACUUACUUUUUCUGAAGUAUGUUCUAAAUAUAUCUUAAAACGCAUUCUAAAGUUUUUCGGUUGGCUUAGUUUUUUUGUACCUACGAUUUAAGUUUUUUUACUGGAAGUCUUAUCCUAAUUACAGACCACUUUACGCCCAUUUUAGGGUUACAGUUAGAUGCAUGUUGUUUGGGGAGUUUGACCGAAGCAAUAUGGAAGCUUCGGGCCAGUAAGGGAUUUCCCCACGUGAGCUCCUGCCUCAUAAUCGUUCAAGGAAUAAUGCGCACAUGUGUUGGGGAGGGGGGUGUGGUAAAUGCCUCCUGAUAUAUUAGAUUACAGGCGGUAAAGAAUAAGAAGGAAGCACAUCCACACAGUUUACAUGGAAGCUUCGGGCCAUUCGGAGAUUUUUUAACACGGAAGGAGGACAGACGGUCUGUAUGACAAGUAGAUUUCGGGCAUAUCACUUCCGAGCUAAAUCUAGGCCUCAACGGCGCAUUAAUUCAGCCAUUGCUGCUAGAAAUGAUAGUGAUUUCCAGCAUGUCCCCGAUAGCGUAAUUAAUGAAUAAUUUAUACCCAUUUGAGUUGGUGCAUUCGAUCAUGCGUAAUUUUUGCGCAGACUUUCUAGAAUGUUAAAAGUCGGCGGAUCCGACCCGUCCAAAUGGGCUUAUCAAAGUAUUCUCCUUUCAAUGCGUUUUAGGAUCUAAAGGUUAGAGAUGAGUCCACAACUUGCUAUUUAUCACAGGGUUCAGUUUGACUAAGUACAUACUGUACUUAAUAUCGGUUAUCAUUCGCAAAAGAAAACACUGCUUUCCUCUCUUUCCAAGUUCUUCCUCCUAUAAUUUAGCUUGACUUUCUAACUUAUUUUGUGUUGGGAUAUAUGAAAUCCAAAUCCAAAUACCCUAAAAUCAGACCUUCUUUGACGACAGUCAUGUUCCCCAGCCAUUCGACUCGAUACGUGGGACAUUUUCAUAACCUUCGUCAGCUAGAUACUGUCCUUUGCAUGCCAGAAAUGUGUGCCGAAUCUGGUUUCUCAAGAAAACAUUGAGCUUGUGUCAUUGAAGGAAAUAAUUUCUUCGAAAAUGUAAGCUGCUCUCGGGUUGGGUUUUUAGAGGUCAACUCUGGCCGCGAAAAAUAGUAGUGGACUUUCUAUCAACGGUAGCAUCUUGCUAAACCUUCCCUUUCCAACUUUUCUACUCAUUCAAAUCGUUUUAGUUUUCCCAUCGAUCUUUCCAAACAUAGGUAUUAGCAUUGCACAUUUGAACCCCCUGCUGUUCUACCAAGUUUUUAGCAAUAACGAGAACAACUUUGUUAGAUCGAAGGCCUACCGACGCUUUUACUUAAAGUCUAUACUUUGAAAAAGAGACCUAGUCAUUUAACUAAGCAUAACUUAAAUGAGGACCGAGAAAUUCACUCAAGUGUCCAACGCACGAGGUCGUAGACUGAGUCGGCAUCCGAUUUGUGCGUUUUUCCUUCGGAUUUUUUUUAAAGUGGGGAAUCGAGGAUCCGGAUUGGAAGUUAACACGUCCGUGGGUUAGUCUAUGCCAUUUACUCUGAUGAGUUUGCCUGUUUAACUAGCUCAGUACAACUUACCUGAAAUUGCAGUGAGAGCUUUAGUAGUGCAACGGGAUGUGUUGUGACUCCGUUCAGGUGCUACGACAGUCCUGACAUGUACGACUCUCGUGACUUUGUUUUCUUCUAGAUUUCACAACCCUACUGUCUCGCGUGCUCUUCGCAGCCCUAGUGCGGGGCACGUACACAUAGUUUACGACCCCUGCGGUAGCCGUUGGACUGAUUUUAUCAGCGACGGUUAUAACUCGCCACCCUUGUGCGCACGGUUACUUUGUGUGGGAGGCUAAAGCACCUCAGCGGUUUCCUCGAGUUGGCGUCCCUUUCCGUCAUUAUUAGCUUGCUUUAAGCCACGUAAAAGUACUCAAGCAGUCUUUUUCCUUAACAAAACUCUUAUUUUUACUGAUAAGUUUGUUCCAUGUAAAGUCCAAGUCCUGUUGUCCCAAGUAAUCCUAUAGACAAUCACACAGCCCACGCCUUUUUUCUCCUGGCUCCUUUAGUUUGUGGCGACAUACACGGCCAGUUCUUCGAUCUUAUGAAGUUGUUCGAAGUGGGUGGCAACCCUGCUACGACUCGCUAUCUCUUCCUUGGGGAUUACGUUGAUCGGGGGUACUUCAGCAUCGAGGUAAGUUGCUCUCCCCCUGAGCUAUCCUUCGUUGAAUGCAUCUAGGUUAUUGCGUCAAGUUGGUUUCAAAAUCCGCGAACCAUUUAGUGGUGUCAACAUCCCAGCAGGCAACCGCAUUGUGUGGUAAUUAGUCGGUCACUUACGACCAUCGCGACAUAAGUCAGUUGAACCAAAGCACACUGGUCUUUGUUGGAAGUGAAAGUUAUUUGGCAUGUAGACUGUCGACUGCCUGAUGGCGGGAUGUUGAGAAGAAUAUGGAUUGGCGACUGUGCUCAGGAUGUUGAAUUUAACCAGGAAAAGGGAGUUUUUAGUGCCUACAAAAACGCGAAUCGAAGUACAGGGAUCGAGAAGUACACCGACGUCGUCGUCUCAAAUGAGACAGUUGGCGCUCGCUGCGACAACAUCGCAAGCAUAACCCAGGCCAUUCAGGAAAGGCGACUGAGGUGAUUCGGGCAUGUUCUCCGUCGUCUACCUCGGGAGCUCAGUGUUACCGCCCUCAAUCCGGCACCCUUACCCCAUUGGAGGCGUCGGAGAGGGGGUCAACUCAAAACCUUGCUCGACACAGUUCUUCAAGACAUGAAGGUGGUUCUUGGACCCUCGGUAUUCGGUCUCCGUUGGCGAAGAAAAUGGGUUGAACUGCCCAGAUCUGCUGCUGCGGAUCGUCAUGCCUGGAGAGGUAAAGUUCGGGAUAUCAUCGAGGCCGGCUAUAUCAGGCAUGACUGCAGCCCUACCAAGUAAAUAAGUACUGCGAUCGCGAAAGGAAAUAUUUAGCUGUCGUCCUAGGGGACUUAUGGCCAAGAGCUGUGCCGCGAGCCACAUACAGUAAGUAGGAUAUAGAGUGGAUGAACAGAGUCAGUCUACAGCCGAACCAAGGGGUUAAUAUCGCCCGCCUGUUGCUGCCUAAAACACUACCGGGUCUGGUGGUCAGUACUGAGCAAGAACCCCUGUUUAUUUUAUUCACCAUUAGUAUUCACUAGGACCGUCCCCAUCGACUUUUCUAUCGUCUUGGCCAUCGGCCUCUGGGUGCUUUUGUUGUCGUGAUCAAUGACGACCACCGCCAUCUCAGGCAGGGCAGUGGCUUUUGCGUGAAUUGGGCAUACAGCGAAGUAGAGUUGAAUAGCAUCUACCUCACCAUUUCCUCCCACACACCCCUUUCCAGCGGCCAUAAAGAGGGAAAACGAAUAAGGGUGGGUGUGGGCGAUGAUGUUGACUGAUGUGAUGGUGUGACAGAUGAUGUUGACAAUAGAAGCGAAGAGACGAGUCCCAGGAGGUAGUCUUAAAGAAGGAGACACGAUCGCCGGGACAAUAGCUUUAUUAGUUUGACGGUUCGGAUUCCUGCUCGAACCCACCAUCAGAGACAAAAUCAGAUAGGGAUGGUUCAUGCUCAAGGGGCUGCAGUAUUUAGAGGAUGCAGUCGUCACGCUACCGCAUACCUAGGAAUAUUCACGGCUCCCUCCUUCAUCCGGGAUCGUACAAAAAGACUCUCUGGAAGUGGUACUUCAACUUGUUCUAGAGAAAAAACGAUUUCCCUUGUACGGAAAUCUAAAGGCGACGCAAAGAUGCACGAACAAUCCACAAUGGAAGGGCAACGUGACAAUAAGUUGAGACCGUGGUUAGAGCACGAUCUACUAAAGCACCAGUUCGCAGUACAAUCAAUUUUCCACGGAUUUCAGCCGCCAUUGUCAAGGCCUAGAUAUUUGGGAGACAGUCGAGCCUGAACGGAGAGGGAGGAGCAAUUUUUCACUCGUCUUGACUUGGACCUGCACUCAUGAAGAGGUGAGAACCUGAAGGCCACCCUGACGUUACUUUCGCCACGCUGUUCUAGCGCCUAGUUUUCUCACGGUGAACAAUCCGACGAGUUCUAACCUAUGGCAAGACGCUGAACGAUAUGGCUUGAAAGAUGGCUAACUCGGGCCGAGGGUCAGGCAGCAGUGUCCCCGUCUUAGUGCCAAACUCAUGACAAUUAUCACAUCUGUGUGAUCCGUUCUGUGUGCAUUCGGCGCUAGCAUGUAUGUGGUACACGUGGACGUGGACUCAACAUCAUCAUGAAGGAGGAGACACGAUGGCUGGGCCAAGAGCUUUAUUAGCCUGAUGUUUCGGAUUCCUGCUCGAACCCAUCAUCAGAAUCUGCCCUUUUACGUUUUUUCCAAACUGUGAGCAUACAUGCCUCUGAAAUUCAUAGAAUAGUCGAAUAUAGUAGCAUGCAUUUCGCAACAUAACCACACCAUCUCCGGCUAUUUGAGUGCGUGAAUAUUCAUACAUUAACAUGCAUUCUACGCAUUCAAAGGCUAUGAUUCCGAAAAACAUCCCUUCGUAAGAAGGGACUUUAAACAAUAUUGUUCGUUCUGGAAAAUUGCCUAUUCCCUGUAUAAAUCGAAAAUACCCAUUGAGGGUACACGAAAUUAUUUUAUUAGUUCAGAAUUUAGGAUGUCAUAGACAGAUGGGAUGAUAUCUAGGGAGAAGUGACAAAGUCAGAGCUUAUGCAAGAGUGCGAAGUUAGAUGUCACAGAAGUCAGUAUGAUAUCCACUUUUUUCCAUUUGAAGCGUACUGCAGAUUUUCGAUCAGCUUUUUGUGAAUUUUUGUGUGGUUACCAGCCCUACGUCCUACACGCACCGCAAGCGUUAACGAAUAGAAACUUGCAGUUGGCUUUGAUAAGCGUAAACCGAUAGGUGAACUUCAAACUUUCUAUAGCAGCUGCCCUUCGCUAAAGGCUACCUGAAGCUGGUGGGUAGAUAUGCUGAUAUUGUUCUUAGGGUAAGAUCGUCCUAGUUAAAUGUUAAGGUGCGUGCCUGUCGAUUUCGGCGUGCCAUGUUAAAACCUACGAGAAAGAAACAGACAACAGUCUGAAACUUAACCACGUUUAAGCCUACAUUUCACAGAGUCUUGCUCACAUAGAACAAUACAAACAUUUGAGCGACGCACAAGCCAAUGUUUAUGUACUUUUAGAACAAUCGUUGAGGAGACAACAACGCCCUCUGUAGCCAUCAUUAUCGAAUCGAUUUAUUUCAGAUGCAACACGUAAGCAGUAUCCUUCAAGUAAGUUGGGCAGUCUUAUGUGAAUUUGUUGGCGUAUGUAUAGGUUAAGGCUGGGGAGAACAUAAAUUUCUAACGUGAAGUGCAGUGGGCAGCCAAAUGAAGACAUCAACGCAUAAUCCAAAUCACCAAAGUCUCCUACAAUUGGAUGUCUUGUCAGGUGCACCAGUAUCGUCAUGCUUAAUGUCUCGGCGACUAUUCCGUCCCCUUUUCAUGGUUCUCUCAACCCCUAGACGGCCAUUUAGACACCCAGUGAAGUUAGUCUAUGGGAAUUCCCGUUUGGCUGUCAACGGUUACCGAAGUUUACGUAUCCCGUUGCCCUGUGGUGUGCAAGUUCCAGACCGUGGUUUUGUUCAUCUGUUGGCGGUCACUCAUAGAUGACCCACGGGGUGUGUGGGACGGACCUUCAAAUCCAAGGCCCGUUUUUUGUGUUAUGCACACACACAGGCAGUUGAACAUACUCAUUCUUUCACUUCUCAUGCCCCCCCAUUUUAUGUGCCCACGAAAUAUCGCCCACGUGGAGACGGCGGGGGCUGCUGAGCUGUUUUCAGACACUUACGUUAUAUAGGGCACGCGAUAUAUCAUCCAUCGCGUGAACUGGGCACAGAGCAUUUAAUCUGCUUGGACUUGGACGUCACUUGCGCGUAUUAGAGGUAGAACGGCACACUCACAUGUGCUUGCAUACGUCUACUCCAAUCAAGGGGGGGGGGCGGAUGACCAUGCACCUGUAUUGCGAGACCGAUAUGGACACUGCUUAUGCCCCCCCACGUUCCACCCACCUCCCCAUUAACUCUCGUUGGGUGCCCAUACGGUAGCGGACAUCUGCGGAGGUGUUUAUUUUACAACGGUAAUGGCUUACUCUCUGUUAACGGACGACAGUUCCUCCUUAUUGACAUGUGCCUUGCCGUUUAUCCUUUCUGAACGGACAAGAGACGUGUACGAUUUUCACGUUGGGUUGCGCGUCCUUAGAAGAACGCAAUACAGACCUCGCUGUCAUCGUUAUCACUGUUAACGGAGACAUCUUGGGAGCUACUGCAACGAUCAUGUAGCGUCUGCUCGUACCAUCAUCAUCAUCAUCAUCAUCAUCAUCAUCAUCAUCAUCAUCAUCAUCAUCAUCAUCAUCAUCAUCAUCAUCAUCAUCAUCAUCAUCAUCAUCAUCAUCAUCAUCAUCAUCAUCAUCAUCAUCAUCAUCAUCAUCAUCAUCAUCAUAUCAUCAUCAUCAUCAUCAUCAUCAUCAUCAUCAUCAUCAUCAUCAUCAUCAUCAUCAUCAUCAUCAUCAUCAUCAUCAUCAUCAUCAUCAUCAUCAUCAUCAUCAUCAUCAUCAUCAUCAUCAUCAUCAUCAUCAUCAUCAUCAUCAUCAUCAUCACCCCCUUCUUCCUCCUUCUCCGCCCCUCUUAACCACCGUCCCAUGCCUCGGUAACAGAAGGUCUCGCUUGCCGUGUCGUCGCGCUCACCACUUGUGCCCUUCCACACCUCGGCAACGACGAGCCUUGGCUCUUUUGUCUGCUAAUGUACCGAUUCCCUUCCUGACUGCUGCCGGGCCCGUCCACUUGCUUCUCUCCGCCCCUUCCGCCUUCUGCUCCCGAACAGUGACACGUAGACAAGGCGGUAACGUUAAUGUUUGCAGAGUUAGUAAGACAGGAGGCGGAGGGAAGUGGGGGUGAGGGAAGAGGAGAGAAUCCGGCUAUGACUAAGAGGCAGACAAUUGGUGUAUCAAUUUGGCCAGACACUGCGCUCACUCGUCUGGUGGCAGAAGGCAUGACCAUCUUCCUUGUGAAGGCGUGAGUAAGUACAAAGCAUAUAGAAAAUUGCCGAUCGGAAAUCGGAAAAAGUAGGAGGGCAUGUAUUUGUCGUUAAGUCAUUCUGCAUCUUGAAGGCUUGAAAAAGCUGUUAGGUCGAUCCAAUGGAGAGUUGAAACGAGAAGUAUUGACUGCAACCGUGUGACUAAAUUCUAAACUGUCCUGCGCGACCACGAAAGAAUUUUAAUGGUGCGUUUGGAAGAUGGGUGGGCGAGAGUAAAUUGUGCGCAAAGACGGAUAAAGCCCAAAGUGGGCUAUUGCAGACCAUUUGUAAUACAGAUUGUACAAUAGUACCAGGCUAGCCAGUGGAUCGAGCGGGCGCCCUGGAGCGGUCUUAGUUACUAGGUUUUCCUUCAGUGCAGAGUCGAGUUCUCCAUUGCCCCAGUACCUGCCACCCUCUGACCAACUCGCUCUCUUGCGGCCUGGCUCGGUCAGCGUAAACGAUUUUCACUGUGGAAAACGGUCUGCAGGCCUCGUUGAUGGAGACCUCGAGGAUUGGCUAUUCGUCUGUGUACAGAACUGCACAGUACGUGUCGACGAAAGUCCGUCGUAUACUAGAAGUCCAGGGUAAAAUGACGAGUCCUUACUUCAUCCCGUGAUCAGGAUCGACAAGUAAACAUCACUCUGGUUACUUUCAUUUUUUUGAUUGUAGCUGACAGAACGUGAGCUCAUGGCUGAGAACUAGAACGUUUGCUUACUACACAACUAAACCCGGGUUUAAACUGUGGGUUUGUCCAUCCUGAGGACGAUACACCGGCGACGGCAGACACGUCAGAGGUAAACCCAGAAGCUCCACUGGUAUUCAGAGACUGGCACGUAUAUAGCACAUGUAAAUGUAGAUUCAACAUCGCCUGCUACAUCAGCAACAGUCGAAUUCUCUUAUUUUGGCCUUGUCUUGUCCAUAGAACAAGGCACGUGCGAUGAGAUUGUGAGUUAGAUGCUGCAAAAGUCUGCCCCAAUGUACACCCAGUUCACGUAAAAGUGGCCAUCUUCUCCGAACUAGCAGUAUUUUUCGUCACUUGGGGUGAAAGAGAACUAUCGUUCUUUGAAGUCAGCCGAGUAAACUGAAGCCUAUAUUUUGCUCAGACAUUUGCCUAUCUCGAUGUAUCUUCUGCGUUCUUUGGAUGUUUACACGUAAAAAAGUUCAAAAAUACUCAAAUGUGAUUCUGAUUUUAGCCAAACAAAAUAACCCCAGUUUUUCGUGAAAAUUCGGAGCUCAUUUAGGCUGAUGCCAAUUCUACUGCAUUCUCACAUAAACAGUAACCAGCCCUGUCUCCUGGUCAAAUGUUAUUCCUAGCAGUCUCGCCCUCCUCACAAGCGUUCGUUUGUGGGGCGUAGUCAAGUCUUCCCAAGGUUGCGACAUUAUUACUGCACCGGGCUCUAAAUUGAAACUCCAAAUCCAAGCGAAAUGUGUCUACUCCGUUCCGCGAACCAGGCAGGUCGGCCGACGUGACCCUAAUGUUUCUCUGGCCGACUAACCUGCUUGAUUGACGAAUAACCCGGCUCUAGUAGCUACCGGGCAAUAAAUUAAAUCUAAACAGACCAUUUUAAUGUGUCUUCGCGCACGCCUUCCCCCACCCCAGGGGUGUAAAUGCACUUUCGUUUUUUCCCUCUAUUGCAGUGUGUGCUGUAUCUGUGGAGCCUGAAAAUCCUGCAUCCAAAUAACUUUUUCCUCCUCCGCGGCAACCACGAGUGUCGUCACUUAACCGAGUACUUCACUUUCAAGCAAGAAUGUGAGUACCUACUUAUGGUUUUUCCCAGCCUCCGGCGCAGGUUCAUCAUUCUUUUCUUUACGUUUACCUCUGUUCUGUCUGUUGCUGUCGCCAGUUAAACAAACAUUUUUGGAUGAACCCCCUUCACAUUGCUUUUGGUUGGAGGAAGUUCUCCGUCCAGUUUUUACAUUUUUUAAAAGCUGGUAUCAACAAUGGUGGCGAGUUAGGGUUUUGUCGCUAUCGUUACUUAGUUGACGAAUAAUCAAUGCGAACGACCCUAUGACACUGGCUUUUGGGUGAUCCGAACUCCCUUAGAGCCUGCAAAGGGCCAGGUCGUAUCUGGCAUGCGUAGACAGACUGUUUAGCUUUGUCAGCCAUUGCAACCACGCCCAUCUUCUCUCGUCUCGACUUUGUUUUGCCAUUAGAAAAUGCAUGACUAGGGGGACUAGGCUGCCUGUUUCGCGUGGUCAAGUCUGUCCCGGAUACUGGUCAAACCAUUGCCUAGGACAAAACCUGUAUAGUUGGCGUCUGAAAAUCCAAGAUUGGCUGAGUUUUUCUCGAAGGAAUGUGCUAGUCGGUUGUUAUAUCGAUUUGAAUGUCAUUUGGAAAAACUCAUAGGAGAACUGGAGGAGGAGGAGUCGACACUCGACCCAAACGGGACGAUGCCAAACAGUGAACGCUAUUUAACUCAAAUGCCGGAUGAUCGUUGAUUGUUGAGGCGUUUUUGAGAGACUGUCCUGCACAUUCGCUGCACAUUUAAUAACAAUUAGGGGAACCGGUGUCUAAACUUUGUGCAUUGGGAACCUGUUUUCAAAAGGAGUUUCCUGUUUAUUCCCACCUUUCAGCGAUAUAUGUAUUAUAUGCAUAUGGACAUAUAUAUUAUAUACAUGCAUAUAUAUGAAAAAGGGAGGGGUCAGAUGUGGUUAUGCAGCCGCACCUGAGGUAAACAAACCCCAACCACCUGUAAUACGGAACCGGUGAUAAUAGGGGGUUUUUACAGGUGGAGCCGGGGAACUCACAGGCUACGAGCUCAAGUAAUUGUAUGCAAAAGAAAAGCUAUUGGGAAUGUGCGGUUGUACUUUGAGUGGUUAAGAAAUAAUUGUUCUAGUCCCUAACCCCUAACAGUAUUGUGUCCAUCAGGUGCGGAUGCGUAACCACAUCUUACCAAAAGGGGAGACCCUCUAAAAGGGUGCCAGUUGUGCUUGAUACUGCAUUUCUUAGACUGCCAGGCCUCUUACACUUGUUUUGCGUAGACUACGGCGAUCACAUCGGUAUCUUCCCAAUUGAAGCGGUUGUCAUAUUCAGGGGCAUGCGCAAGGGACCGUGCUGGCGGACAGCCAGCUUGUGUUCGUUAGUGCGGAUACUAGGUUGUCGACCUCUUUGGCGGGAUAUGAUAAUCGACUCUCGCUUGUUACCCUUUAGGCCUGGGAUAAUUCACCGGAAAUAGUGCCGCACGUUAUCAGCAUAGUUUAUGCCAGGACUGACUGAACAACAGUAGAACCAGGCCGAAGGUAUGUUGUCGCAAACUCAAUGUGUCUGUCAAAACUAUCCUGAAUCUUAGAUCAUUUAGGACCUGAGGUUGGGUAUAACCGGUUGACAGCGGCUAAUAAACCGUAAAAGACCAUCGCCGUCCGCAUUGUCUUUGUCGGUUCUCCUUUGAACAUAUAUUCAUGGUGUCUGUGCGGCUGCCUUCACUGGUUUUAGAUUGAGGCUCAAGGCACAACAGGACGAGCAGGUUUCGUAACCCGACCGAUGAAGGCAAUCCCAACCUACAUAUAUAUAUAUAUGUAUAUUUAUGGCAAACUUUUUAUACCGUACUCCCAACAUAGGUACCAACUUAUAGCCCAGACACGUGUUCCGCCGACAUUUUGCCGCUGCGGGACACAGCUGCGAGGGGUUCGGCUCCCCGGUGGCUCCCCCAGCAUUCCCUAUGCGGUUUCUGAUAUAUUAACUCAAGAGGAGAGUCAGGCUAAUAAUGCCAAAAAUAAUCCAGUGUAGGAAACGGAGUCAAGUCUCCGGGACAUGACUUUUUUAACGUCAGAUCCGAAAUUCCAGGGAACAUUCGAGUCGACGACAAUAAACUACGGUGAAUAACCACGCAAUGCCCAUUCUAGAAACAGCUGUGUUACACAGCGGAAAAAUACCGGUGAAACAUGUGUCCGGGCUUUUAGCUAGUGCCUAUGUCGGGAGUACGGUGGAAUACCUUUGUCAUAUGUACAUAUAUGUAUAUGUUUCGAAAAAAUGCGUCCUUUCCUAUGCACGCUUGUAGCGAGGCUACCAUCGCUCAGCUUUUGUGUGCUCACGUCCAGAAACGGCCGGCUGUCUUUUAUCGCCUUUUUACGGGUAAAUUGUAUGGCUGGGAAGACAUCAUUCAGUGUCCGAUGCAGGCAUCCCAAGAAAUAUAAUUUGAAGGCAAACACGCCCUUUGAAAGAAAUAGAGAACUUUCUUAGGUAAAUUUUCGACGCUGGUUCCCCAGGUCGUUGUCGGACUUGAGCAAAUGUGCAAAAACAUGAUUAAUAUUUCAAACGUGCUGAAAGACCAAUAUUUAUUUGAUGUUUGCGCCAGUAAGUGGCCGUCGCAUGCAUAAUUCUGUGUUGAUUGGCUCUCGCCUCUUCCACUUUUCCAUGAGAUUUCUGUACAUGGAAUUUAACUCAAUGUGCCGAUUGUUCCACGACUCAUCUGAAUGCAUGUCUUCAGGAGACUCGGCUUUUUUAGAGGGGCGAACUCCGACGAUGCGAGUUUUGCCCCAUGCGAAGGUAUGGCCAGUAUCAAGGGCGUGCAUAUCCAUUUGAGGCAGGUGGUCUCGCCUCUUAACUGUCACUUUUAAUGUUCAUGAAUGCGUGGAGAGGCAGACUUUCCCGUUUGGCCACAAUACACAGCAUCACAGGCGAAAUAGCCAGCCUCAGGGUGUACCAGCUGAGUGCGGAAAGUAGUCGUCGGCAUGUGCGCCAGUUGUAUUUGACGUUUCCUUAAAUACUAAUUGUUUUUUUGCUCAUUUACUUAAGUCUGACGACGAUCUGGAGAACCAGCGUCAGAAAUUUACCCAAUAAAGUCCUCCAUUUUCCCCAACGAAUGUGUUGGCCUUCACACGCACAUAUAUAUCCUGUUCAUCAUCCCAAAAGAAGACGAAGAAGAAAAAGAGGCGAUGCCAUGGACCACACUGUAUUUGUGCUGACGUUUCGGAAACUUCCUCGCUUCCAUCAUCGACGACAGAGUCUGGGGGGAGUCUGGGAGUCGUCUCCCAUCUGCUGUCAUGGCUUGGCCGACUUCGGCCUGGUAGGUGGUUGCCUGUAGGCAGCUCACUAGGAGGGCAACAAGGCAGACGCAGACAGCAGACGGGUGACAUUAACUCGUCGCCAGAUGAAAUUAAAACGAGAAAGUUAGUUUGUUCUACUAGAGCACUCGUGGCGACAGGAUAGACAGACCACUGGAGUGUGAGGAGGGUGAUCACGGAGUUAUGGUACGUUUCUGAGCGAGUGGGGGGGAGGGGCGAAACAGUUACGACUCCCUGUACUGGAGGGGAAGGGCGGAUGAGGACAGUUGGGUUCCGAGCUGCCGCAUUCGUGGUCGUAAAUGUGGGAUUAGGGCAGGGGUCAGUAAUUCGUGAACGUAGGCACUCGUAAUGGACGUACAGGUUAACAUGGCGGUUGAUAAUACCCACAUUGGACUACCAAGCCUUGAAAAAUUCUCCGGCUCGUUUUGUGUUGACCAUGGCGACGACCUCAUUGCCAUCCCAAUUGAAUCGAGGGGACAAGAGAUCUCGCCGACAGACAGCUGCUUUGUCUUUAUUAAUAUCGGUGCCCAGGCGUCGACCCGUAUGACCAACAUUCACGCAGGAUGCGAUAAAUUACGUUUGUUGCUCUGUUGGAAUGGGAUCCUUGAUUCGUGACAGUGCUGUGCGUAGUGAGGAUGCUGGUUUGUGUACAACGUGAAUACCAAAGCCAUUUAACUGCUGGGUGAUUAUUUCAGAGGUUCCCCGCAUUUCCCCGAAUUUCCGUGCCCCAAUUCCUUCGUUGCGGGUGGGGCCUUGCGACUGUGCCCGGAGUCUGAGCCAGUCAUACCCAACCCCAAGUGUGGAUCACUUGAGAUUCGAACCCGGGAUCUUUGGUCAUGGAGUUUGACACUGUACACAAACCAGCAUCCUCACUACGCACAGCACUGUCGCGAAUCAAGGAUCCCAUUCGAAAAGAGCAACCAACGUGAUUUAUCGCAUCCUGCGUGAAUGUUGAGUUUGAGCAGUUCUAUAACCUGCUGUGUAGGAAUCUCAACAGGAUCGUCCUGUAAGCAUUGGGCCACGCAUUCAACCGCCAAAUCGUGCGGUAUGGAAGAAAACAAGACAACAAUGUCGAAAGACAGGAGGCACACACCCAUGUGAUGCUGUGUGUCGUAUCACCUGCCCUGUGGCCGCGCGACUUCGUAGUUCUUUAUUACGGCAGAGGUGACAUCUACAUAGCGAAGCCACACUUUGGGCUUGAGGGUUUAAACAACCUCUUCUAGUCGUUGCAAUACUAGUUCGGCGGUCAGUUCUGAUAUUGGCGAGCCCAUUGGGGUUCCAUUUACCGGUUGGUAGUACUUAUUGUCGAAUUGGCAGUAGUUCCUAAGGCGGAGUUGAGCAGUUCUAUAGCAUGCUAUGUAGGAAUCUCAGCAGGAUCGUCCUGUAAGCAUUGGGCCACGCAUUCAAUCGCCAAAUCGUGUGGUAUGGAAGAAAACAAGGCAACGAUGUCGAUAGACAGGAGGCAUUCAUCAGUACAUACUUUUAGAUCUUGGAUCCUGUGGAGGAAUGCGGGAGAGUUGUUAAUGCUGUAGUCAGACCCACGAGUUAGCUGCUUCAGAUGGGCUCUGGUGGGGUUUCGUGCAUCAUGUGACUAUAAGGUGGCCUCGGAGGUCGUCUUCCCGUCAUUUUCUUUAAUUCAGCUGUUUGGACCGCAUGUUCUCCUUAACCCUGAAUAUAUAUUAUAAGGUGUUUUUGGCAGAUUUGAAUAAUUCUUCUGACUCAUUUGUGAAAAACUCGUCGGCCUCGAUGGGAUUUGAAAUCACGACACUGAGUACAGCCGACGCUCUAACCACCUGAGCCACGAGGCCCCACUGGGAGCCGACAGUUUAAUCACAGUUGGGUCAAGUUACCCGCCCAGAUUACUGCAACGUAUGGAAUCCAUUAAAUCUGAUGUAGUAAGCUGACUGCCCAAGCGGGAAUUCGCAAGCGGUCACUAUCUAAUCCACCAGAUGACUUACAGGCUCUUCUAAUUAAUAGGUGUUUUUGGCAGAUUUGAAUAAUUUAUUUGAUUUAGUUGUGAAAAACUCGUUGUGGGUUCGAAUCCCAUCGAGGCCGCCAUCCGGAUUUCCGUCUCUUCUGUUUAGUCCUACCAAAAUGUAUUAGCUUUAUUUCUUCCUUUGAAUGCUGUCAACCCCCGUGUACUGCUCGCCGUGACGCAUGGAGGCCUAUCGCCAGCACCAGCUAACAGGUUGGCUGGCAGCAACAGGAGCUGCAACUUUGUGCGUUGUUUUCUUAUUGUAGGGCGUCAUUUCUCGCGAAUUCGACCACGCGGGUGAAUUGGGUAGGCGCGAUUGCCUCCUCUAUCGUCUUCCGUCUACGUACUCCGAUCCCCCAGAGAAAUUCGCUAAUGCCCUUUAUACCUGUGUGUUUGUUCCUGUGCCCCCUUCCCCCGCAUAAGAUUAGGCGCAGCUGAAAGCUCGCUAGCAAUCGCCACCACGUUUUGUCACGAGGCUGAUUUAGCCCGCCCCGCCUCCCCCUCCCCCCCGCUGACUAACUGCAAGUACGAACGUGCACUUUUUGUUUCUGCACUGGGCUGGAAUACGAGGUCCAACCUCUUCCCCGUCACGCGACCCUUUGUCCUUCAUAUUUCUUUCAGGCAAGAUUAAGUACAAUGAAGAUGUGUACAAUGCCUGCAUGGACGCAUUUGACUGCUUGCCGCUGGCGGCCCUCAUGAACCAACAGUUCCUCUGUGUCCACGGUGGGCUUUCUCCUGAAAUUCAUUCCCUGGAUGACAUCAGAAGGGUACGAUGACUGUUUGUUCGUGUACUUUACUACCUUUACUGUUCUGCGCGGUAAAGUGCACUUCUUUUACGUGAUAUAAGCUAGCUAGCAUCUCCUUAUGAUUGUUGUGUUUAUUUUGUUAUCAACUUCAAUGCAGGUUUUUUUCGUCCCACCUCAUCGGCUGCGAGCCGACUUUGUUCAAGUAAAUGCACACCCAUGUGAUGCUGUGUGUUGUAUCACCUGCCCUGUGGCGAAGUCUCACUCCAAAACCUGACCAUACGCUCCGGAUGCGCGUUAGGGGUCAUCGUAUUAUCUAAGCCGUACUUUCAGACUACUGUUUCGACCUAAACGCGGAAGGAUGUACUCGAGGAGGUUCAAUCAUCCGUAAACCAUCCUCUCUUUAAGACGUUUCUCUCUCUCCAAGAUGUGUGCUCAGUUGUAAAUAUCUCCUGAGAUUCAUGGCCGUUGCGACCUUGUGAUGGUCCAUUAGGGCUUGGAGGCGGGUUCUCACAUUCUGGACUGUUCCCUCUGCGCACAGCCACCCGCAUCCUCUCCCGCCUCCGGUCUUCUUGACUCUGUCUCGGCACCGGCCUCAAGCGGGUGAUGGAUGAGAGGGUGUGAUAGGCGCAGCAAGUCACCGUCCCUGCGGCAGACGGUGGACAUUGUCGGAAACGACGAUCAAACUUUUCAUGUUCAUAUUCCAUUUGAAUGCUGUUCACUUCGGCGGCUCAAAAACGUUGUGUCAACACUUGCAAUUUCAGCACUGGUAUAUAGUCUACUCAGAUAAUUAUUUUACUUUACUGUCAUUACAGAUACUGAUUGAAAGCCUGACUACUCGUUUUGCUGAAUCUGUGUCGUUACUUGAUGUAACUGCGCCCGGGUUUCGCCCUUGAGUGGAUCUCCGGCGUUUCACAUGCAUUCAUUGUUAUAUAAGCAGCCUAAACACAAAUCCGAAUAAAAAUAUUAGGUGACCAAGACUAUAGCCAAGUUUCUGAGUUCCCCUUUUCUCUCUUAUCCUCCCUGCUGAUUUGUAAACAACAUUUGUGUGGUUUACUUUGCCUUUUCGACAGCGUUCCUGGCACAACAUGAUGGUGGUUAGGUACCUGAAGUGGAUAACCGGCUUGAAAGAGGUGUCCGGGUAAGGGCUGGUUAGACGGUCUUCCUAAUCGGACCGCGCCUCGCGCCAACCUCUAAUCUCUGUGUAUACAUGGGACUGUGCAAAGCGCGGAGGCCAUACCCCAACAACCGUAUCUGCCGGUGGACGCGGAUUAGUCAGAGUGUCCUUUCAACGCCCGGUGAAUUUACGUGAAUCCUGGUUCGGUCAUGGGAGCGGGGCCAGCUGUGUUGUGUCACAGCCGGACGAGUGCUGCCCAUCUCCGGUCAUCUUGACCUAAGUGGCCCAGCCGUCGGGAGAACACGGUGGGUGUGUGGGAGAAGAGGACAGGAAUAGCGUCGAUCUAGUUGGAGGGACGAACUACCAAAUAGGGGGGAUAGUGAAGCCGAAGAGGCUACGCGCCUACCGUCCGCGCUCUCCGCAGCCGUUUUACACUUUUGCACACUGCCAUCGCCUGUCCUACACACAGGCGCUGGCAUGAGACAUUGAUGAAAAUGCUUAAAGGCACUUUCACGCAGAAAGACCGGUUAAGUGAGGCUGUAGUUCUAGGGUUAUAAUGGAGCACAGUCCCAUUUGGCUUCAUACAGGAGAGAAUCACAGUGUCUAGUGUGCGCAUUUCUUCAAUUUUGGAUGUUGCAUAAAUCCUAGUCCGUGCCCCAAAACCCCUUCCUCAUGUCCAUUGUGUGCAACUUCAAGCUUUUAGACUUCCACAUUUUCAUUGGAGAAACAAAGUACUACGUGCAGGUUUUGUAACGAAACCGGAGUUCUCACCUGUUAUGUUCUGCGGAAACAAAUUGCUGUUGCUCUUGUAAUUAAGAAUUUCCUAUACUGCUUGCUGAUAUGUUCGCCUGCCAAGUACCAAGUUCCGAGAAGACCCAGCUUCCAAAAAAUGCCAUAAGAAAUUUUUAAGUGCAUCUUGUUCAGACGCCUUACAUAAAGGGCUAUUAGCAUAGGAAUGCCCCAGAAACUGCGCGCACUGCAUAGGUAGGUUUUUUUCGAGUUGGGUUGUCGUACUCGACUCGGAAGCCAGCCCCUGCAAACUAACUUUCAAGUUGCGAAAAUUUCCAUUGAGCAAUUUAGAAGAGCCUUUGGCAGGCAUACGCGUGCUUUCGAUAAAUUCUCAUCGGGCCUUUACGGGGUACAACCGUGCGAGCGAUAAGAGUAAUCGACUAAGGUUCGUCUUUUCAUACAAACGGGGUAUGUGGAUAGAGGGGGAGGGGGGGAGGAGAGGAGGCAGUAGGUGACAGUGAGGGUUAGGUAGAACCUGUCACGAGGGGGAGGAGGGGUGGGGGGACGGGGACGCGGAGACAUGCAUGCUGUUAAUCGAUCUAUGGCCACGGUAGACGCGGGGCGUGCGAGAGGUUCUUCUGCGCGCACAGGACCGACCUCUGUAACCUGAUGGCAGUUUCUUCUGUCCCUACUGGUAGGCGCCGACCUGGUCACUUAGGGUAGUUGGGUGGGGCCUGGUAAAUCACACGGAAGACUUUUUUGGGAUCCACACGAUGCCCAUAACCAACCAUGUGUGCGAGGAUGGAGCUGUGUAUGCUCUCAACUUCACCCUUCCUCAUUACUUUCUCAGGUUAUUAAUAUAAUUUUUGAAGUUAAAAACCCAUUUCAAGAUAACGGUGAAUGAUUCAUGAACUUCGCCGUCUUUAGUAGCAUAAAAUUACGUAGCGGUGCGCUAGUGCUCCGAAUGCAUUCAUUUUUCGUGUUUUUGUCCCCUAUCUGUUUUCAUUUGGGACCAACUUUCCUUGUUUAUGCGAUGAGGCGUCAACACACCUGUAUUGCUCUUGCACGUUGGAAGCCUUGACUAAGUCGCCUUAUGGGAAAUGUUUGGGUGGGUGACUGUUGGUCCUCGGUUGUUGUUCAUUAGGUAUCGAUCUGAAAGCUUGCAAAUUUCUUCCACAGAUCGAUCGUUUCAAGGAGCCACCCGCCUUUGGGGCAAUGUGCGAUCUUCUCUGGUCAGACCCACUGGAAGAUUUCGGAAAUGAGCAAAAUACCGACAACUUUUCACAUAACAGUGUCCGUGGAUGCUCCUACUUUUUUAGGUGAGUUCCUUUUUAACACGAUUUAUUUUGCUUAAGGAACUCCCUAAAGUGAGGAGAGGGACUGUUGAGUUUUUUAAUCCUUCUGGCUUCAAGGCGGUGUUAGGAACCAUCGUACUGUCCUGACGUUUCAAAUACAAGCAAGCUUUCAUUGUCAGAGAUGCAUCUUGUAACGCUCCUCGUGGUAUUAAUAGGCGUAACGGUCACACCAACGUGGCGUUAGUAAUAGGAAUUUCUCUGCAGUCGACACAGCGGGGUGGGUGGACAUAGUCAAUCGUCAGCUGCGGGGGGGGGGGAGGAGGAGGAGGUGGUCACCGUCCACAUCCGCACUGCCCUUAGUUGCCGUCUUGGUCGCCAGUCUUGGUUGCGUCCCCUGGCUACCCUUGUCCUCGUUUGAUUGUCCUCGUGUGGCAGCUGUGCCGUCGUUAGAUCUGAGAUAUGGUGCUGCAGCGUGCCUGUCUGGUUUUGGCCCAGGCUCAUGCUUUCUCUUCCGUUCAUCAAGCUGAGUCUAAAGGCCUUUGAAAGCGAGCUGCAGCAAGGAUCAGGUCUCAAUAGUUUCGCUUGCUAUGAAAUCACGCCCUCGACUCGAGAUUGCUGCAUUCUGAAGGGUAGUCAAGUUAUGUAUAGGCACGAAGAUUCGAGGCAUGAAUUUAUAUUCAUCUUCGCCGUCCCCUUGAGAAGACGAGGAGGAGUCAAAUUCAUGGGCUGAACUGUGCUUAUAUUGACUUUUCGGAAACCUCAUUUCUGUCAUCAGAUUGGCGCGGUGGCUAUUCCUGCUGACCUUGAUUUAUUCAGCCUCCUCACCUGCCUCGUAUUAUAACCAUGCCCGACCGCUGACGGACACGCCUGACCUUUGUCCCCCGCGAGACCGUCGUAGUUGCAGCAAAGUCUGCGUACCGGCUAGCCUCUUCUCUGCCAUCCGGCGGACUGAUGAGUUGUCGUUGCCCACGUGAAUUGUCUUCGGCCUAAAGGGGAUGUCGGUGAGACAGCUUUCUGUGCUGGUCACGCGACCAACUGGCUACCACGCCCUUCUCCACGGACGUCAGCUGUUCUCUCCGUGUGACUUUUCUCGCUUGUUCUACUGGCCUGGUCCACAUUUUAUCACCCAAAGAGCGGACGCCGGGGCAGAUUCUGGUACAGAAACAUGCAGCAUUCAUCAACAUGGCGUACACCGAUCUGGUUAACUUUGUGGCCACAACUAAGUUGGUUCUCAAACACUCCCAGGCGUCUGUUGGGACAAGGCACCUCAUUCGUCAAGAAGCUACCGCCUUGGCGAUUGCGCAUAAACCACGUAUAGUCGUUCUGGUAGCUACACCGGAUGCUCUCGGUAAACUGACGGCUGACAGAAGACGCCUAACAGUUGUGCUUGGAUGUUUCUGGAAGGCCAACAUCCUACAUGGAACUUUGCCUUGGACAAUUAAUUCUGCUUGCAAACAAGAGGUGUUCCUAUAGAUCGCCAAUAUCUAGCCUUCUAGCGGCUGCUGUAAUGCAGAAAUGUGAAAUUACAGCUCUCCCCAAAGUUUGCGCAAUGAUAAAUUUGUUGUCGUCGGAAAGGAUCAAGUAGGAAUACUCCACAACAGGGAAUUGAAUUUAUUUUCCAAAAGAAGGUUGAUGGGCAGCUCCAUUCAUACAUGUCCCCGUAUAUCCAAAGACUGAUGGGUGACCACAAACUUCGGUUUAUCGCAAAGACAUACUUCGCGGUCGUCCUACAUUGUGAGAGCAAGCAUCCUAGUUCUCACAAACAUAGCUCUGUUAAUAGCUCUCUAAGUCGAGUUGAAAUCCAUUGCCCUCACGAAGAAAGCUGUCGAGAAUGAAUAUCAUGCCUUUUUAAACUGUUCUUCCAAAAUGAAAAAUUUCUGGUUUUGUGCAUCGAUCGAUGAAGCCACAAGAAUGUAAAGAAAAAAUAUAUUUCCAACGGUACAACGCCAAAACCAAAUGCCGGACGGACUCACCCUUAUGCGAAGAAUAUACCCGAGCUCGUCGAAAGACGGCUGAAAAAACACCAGAUACAGGUGGUACGCAAACUGACAGCUGCUUUGCGCACCCUGAGGGCAGGACUGAUGAUUUCAAUGGAAAAUAAUCGUAAAGAGAGUCACGUGUGCCACUUGUGAUGCAUUUCAUCAUGACCAAGCCGGUGCAUCUCCCUCUAUAUUUGAACUUCAGCUGUCACAGGUAGUCAUGCACACACUGAGAACAGAGCACACAUUUGCGUGUGAGGAAGCUUAUCGUUUGCGCCUGCCCGACAACCAAGGGCCGCGACUUCCUGGAAUCAACAGGCCCAAACGAGACACGCAUACGGUAUACUUGGAACACACACAUAUAUAUAUAUAUAUAUGACCCGGUAAGCGCUAAUCUACCAUAGUUAAUAUUCGCGGUUACUACGGACAGGACAGCGGGUCCGUGGCUCAAUGACAUAGUUUCACACUUGAUGACCAAAGAUUAUCGGUCCGAAUCCCGGUUGAUCCACGCUUGGAAUUGGAUAUGACCGGUCGAUGACGGCCACUAAGCCAGAAAUGACCAUUCCGACCUUCCUUGUCUUUGUAGGUGCCACCCUAUAUAUGUGUGUGUACAGAGCGGGGCCACCGACACAGAUAAAAGGGACUGGAAUGGCCAUUUCUGGCUUAUUAGCCGUCAUCAAUCACUCGUGCCCAACCCAGAGUUUGCGAACCCACGUUCUGAUGACUAAAACUUCAACGCCGUAAUCACUGAGCCACGAGCUCGUCCUCUCGGUUGAGCCUACGCAUCGACUGUUGAAUUGUGACGCGUUCCGCGGCAUUCACCGGCGGACUUACCAGACGCUUUUUCACUUAUUUGUCGAGCAUACUGUCAGAACGUUUAUUGUCAGCAUCUGAACUAAAACGAUGACAACAUUGGUCGGAGAGAGGUGGAACUGAUUUGUUCCCAAUGAGUACUUGGUAAGGGAGGGGGAGAGUGCACACAUAAUCAAAGCUCCUCGUCCUUGGCCAGAAGGUUUGUGCCAAACCCUACGGAGUAUUGAAGAACAGUAUUGCUACCGCUCGGGUCCAUGCCACUGUGUCGUCUCCUCGAGCAUCUAAUGCUAAAAUAAGCUGAUUCCCCUUACAGACUGUGUAGUUAGUCAGAGUUCGAUUUCUGCGCCCGCUGACCCCUGCUUGAUGUUCACCUCGAGUUCAAACCUUCACGGACAUAUUUUUCUGUCUCAAGCAAACACUUUCAACCGCAGUUAGCAUGCGCACGCUUUUUUGGCCAUUAAUCCAACUCAGCACAUCUAGGAUGUCCGUCACUGUUGGUAAUUCUUUCUCUGGGCUACAGUGGCUGCUAACGGGUCCAACCAGAGUGCUUAAAUUGCAGCCCAUUCGUCAUCCGGAACCCAGAAAAAUGCAUGCUACUUAAGUAGUCAUUUUUUACUGAGUGUGGCUUCUGCAGGAGGUCAAAAGGAAGUGCAUUCAAAAGCUGAGAUCCUAAUGAGCCCGCAAUGUUAUAGGGUUAUGCUGGAUGAUAAUCAGUAUAACAACUCCACUUAAGUAAUCCUUCCUAAUCGGAAACGCAUUCCAGAAUUUUGGCGAACAUUUCAUGAGAUCGGUCACGCACUGUAGAAUGGCCAUUCCUGGCUUACUAACCGUCGUCAGCCAGCAAUACCAAACCCGAAGUGUAGAACGCUUGGGGUUCGAUCCCGCGACCUGUUGGUUAGAAUUCCAGCGCCUCCAAUCACGGAGUUACGAGCUCGUUUCCUGCCGGUUGCGAUCGGAUAUGGCUGGCGGACAACGGCCAAUAGGCCGGAAAUGUCCAUUGCAGUCUCGCUUGUCUUUGUCGGUACUGCUAUUAUGCCUAUAUCAUGCGACGCUGUGCGGCUGCUGGUUGGGCUCGAGUGAGUUCCGCAAGAACGAUCGGUGAGCGUCCAUCUACCAUUAUGUAUAUUUGUCAAGUAAGCGUGUGACCUUCGCUGUUGAGGUUAGGAUCUCACUCGAUCCCAUUCUGUCCGCUCGCCAGCUUGCUACUGGCGACGUACUGAUGAUCGGCAAAGACCUUGGAGCAGCUGUCUGCGUCUGGUGUGUUGCAUCGUUGGUGAGCUGCUUACGUGUUAUAUGUGGUGUGUGUCCCAUGACAAAAUGUUCGUUGUCGUCAGUAGCAAGCUGACUGGCGGGUGGACAGAAUGGGAUCGAGUGAAAUCCUAGCCACAAUUGUGAGGGUCAUACGUCUACUUGACAUGUUUAUAUACCUCGCUUCAUAAGAACGAUGACGUACUGAUGACUGGUAACGAUCGUGAACCAGCUGUCUGCGUUUGAUCUGUUGCACUCUUAGUGAGCAGCAAACAUAUUAUGUAUAUAAUCCAGUUCAGCUGUUAAGAUUUUUUUUAUCUAUUCAGUCGAUUCUUCUGGUUUGCGAAUUCAUCCAAGUCCGUGCAGGACCUUGAACGAAAAGUAAAAUGGCUGACUGGUGUUUGAGAAGUGACUGAUACCGCACCCGGUCAAGAUCCUCUCCGGUUCUAGUGUGCCAAUUACCUGAACUUUAGCAGAGGUCAUACCUCCGUCUUGCAUCGCCUCUUUUCGGCACCUUUGGCUGUAACUCUAGGCUUAAGGUAACCAGUAAGUGGGGGUCAUCGUCGAUCAAGCCCAAGCACUUAGGUCGGAAGAUUGGCUUGUUAAAAUGACAUGGAUUAUGGGCGGCCGUGUAAACUUGUGUCCACGCUCCUCAUAGCUUGCGAGCAGCAAGGCGCAUUUGAUAUACCUCUGCUCAGUCCGUGCACCCCAAUUUCUUGACUUUUAGUUUGUGACACAGCUUCCCUCUCUGCCUUAAACAACGAGCGCCCACGCGUUAAAGGAUAUAUAUAUAUAUUAGGUAGCAUUUGGCGAAACAGGAGGUCGACUGUAUCGCGCAUUAAUGGGCCAUCUGUUGUCCUAUUUGGAGCUCAUCACAGAAGGAAAGGGGAGGGUAACACAAACUAUGGACUGAGCGGAUGAGACUCUUGAGAGAGAGAGAGAGAGAGAGAGGGAGACCGCGUUGUUAAACUGCCGGAUACAAGGCGCAGCCGCCCCAGGUUCGGUGCCUGCACUGUUUUGGUGCCGUUACGACUGCUUUUGAUGCGCUAGCCUGCUAUUCGGUCGCCAGGCGGUGCCUCCCUUUAUAGAAAUCUAGAAGGAAGUCCAAGGAUAUGCCGACCGCGGCGAAAUGAGUUUCUUGGCGGUCAUCAAAACGGAUUACGACCCCCAAACCACGCAACUGUCCUACCCUGCAGAUCGAACUGAAUCAGUCUACUCGCGGAGAAAUCGCGGUUACCGGAACGUUAAGCUGAGCACUAGGGGUGUCCUCAACUGCCCAUCUGUAAACUGUAAGACAGACAGUGACUGAUUUUCUCAGGUUGACCUUAAUCGCCCUCUCUUUCUGUAGGAGACAAUCAGGGCAGUUCAGCUGAUAUUCAGUAAAAAGUUCAAGCGCGGAUUAGAAUCCGGCUGGUCUGCAAAUUUUUGACCGACAGCCUCUGGUGGCCAACCUUGCUGUUCCGGUAGAUGUAUGGAUGAGGACAAAUCUAGCUAAUCUUCAAGUACUCCACCGUCUUCCACCCAUACAAAUGCAAAAGCAAGCAGCAAUUAGAUGAUAAUCACCAUGCCACCUCUCUGUCGUAAGUAUUGCUGGCAAAAUCUUUCCCUAAAUCUUUAGCCAUCGCCUGACCUAACACCUAGCGCAAAAACUUCUUCCAGAGACACAGUGUAGAAUCCGGAAGUAUAUUGAUCAGGCGAAAUGAACUUUGCAACACGGAAAUUUCAGAAAGAAUGUUAGGAAAUCACAACCGGCCUUUGCACUCCUUUUGUCAAUCUCACAAAAAAUCUUCAACACCUAGAACUAUGAAUAAGUGGGGAAACCUCGUGGAGAAAUUUACAUAUCCUGAGAGGUUCGUGUUGAUGUCCGGACGAUUCUACGAGGUCAUGAUGGCGCGCCCGUCGUGGACCGCGGACGAACUUCAGAGGUCUUUGGGUUGAAGAUGGGUUGGGUAUCUUUCCCUGUCCUCUCCAAACCCGUCUUCUCUGCAGUACCAAUGGACGCCAACAGUGGAGAAUGAUAAGGAAUAUGCAUAGGUCACAGAACUUAUGCGAGGCGUUUCAGCAUCUACCGUAUGCACGUUGUAAGACCAAAACCAACAACGUUUUUGUCUACGGUUAACAUUGGACACCAUUGCUAAGGCCAAGACCAGUUUUGGAUUAACCUUAAGCAUUAUAAAAAUGGCUGCCGUGUAUCAGCCGGUUGCGACUCCUAAGUACUCUGUGCGCUCAAUCACUGUCAACUCUCUUAUCUGGAAACCGCUAUCUGAACUAUCACCAAAACCGACGGAGAGACUGGAGCCUGGAACUCAAUUGCCCCCCAAACCUUCGACAGGCUUCGAUUUUCCGUGCGGAAUCGUCGAGUCGUCUCGCUCACCGCGAGACAAGAUAAUCCAGACUGCCGUCCAGACAAUGCUCCUCAGCGGCGCAGAGGAUUGGAUAAGUCACCGGAAGCAUGCGACAAAGUUGAAUAAUCUCCACCGCAUUUGUCUCCAGAGGAUGUUAAGGACGCAGUUUCAAGAAAGGAUUCCUGACAUUGAAGUCCAGGAAGCGACUGACAUCCUCAGCAUCUUUGCACUUCUGAAGGAGAACCAAUUUCGAUGAGACGGCCGCUUCGUAGGGACGUCUGAUGGGUGUCCGUCAAAGCGACCUUUUUUAGGUUACGUCGCUGCAGGCACUCAAUGUCAAAGACGCCAAAAACAAUAUAGAAGGCGGCUGUCAGGAGACGGAACAGCUGGUGGCCCCGACCAAGUGUCGACCUAUCGCUACAGUAACUGGGCAUUUCGUCAGCACGCGCCUGGGGGGACAUCUGGACAUACAACUCGUAUCGGCUGAACUGUCAAUUCACUUAACUUAGAUAGUUAUAAUAGACUGACACAUUUUUUGAGUUUGAAAACUUGUAAUUGUAGUAGGAAUUUAAAAGCUCGUCUUCCCAUUUACCAGAGGGUCUCACCAUCCACUAGAUAACCGCCGCACGCAUCAAAGCGCACAGCUGAGGGAUAGAACUUGUCUUUGUCUGGACGGGGGGAGGCCUCGUAUAAUUAUAACUUGGUCUUUGGACCACUCUGACGUCGAUCCCGGCGUUUUCGAGAGACCGGACGCGCUCCUGAUCGAUCUGAUUACCAGGUUCAUCUUUGCCUUGCCUAUGAUUGAAGGUUCGACCCAUAGUAAUAGGAUCUGUCCAUUAACUUAGGUGUUUCACCAUCCAGGUAAGUAUUUCCGACCGCGAAAGCAGAAGCGGUCAUCUUUAUUUGGGAAGUCUUUUCUAACCUCCCUUGCGUUCGCACUUGUCUGGGACACCGCGCAUUGCAGUUCUGGAGGGGAACUCACGAACACCGCAACAUCAUCAGCGUGGUUCAAAUCAGUAGUACACGGCCUCGGACACACUUCAACACCGUUGUAGCUUGCCAGUGCGUGCUUAAUGACCAAAUUUUUUGUGUACUUGAAGAGGGUUGGUGGUGAGGAGACGCAGUCCUGAUGGAAGCUGGUGAUGACGGGGAGAUGCCACUCUCCUUACCACUCAUAAGGACUUCAGUCCUUGUUCUGAGUUAGUAGUUUUUGGUAGACUGAACUUUGGUGAUAUGCCAUCAUGCAGCAGGACAGACCCAGGGAUAUUCCGAUGGACAGGAUCAAAAUCCUCAAAAGAGACAAGACUAGCUUGGAAGUGGCACUGGCACUGCUCUAGGGUUCGACAAAGUUAGAGCUGAUGACCAGCAAACACCAGUCCCUACCGGAAGUCGCACUGAAUACUUCUUGUCUGCCUUUCGUUGUCCAAGCGGAAGCGUAAUGCCAAGACGCUACCCGACAGUUCGAGGAGAUUCAUGCCACGGUGGUCGGUUAUCUUCUUUGAAACCAGUCUAGAAUUGUGUUGAACGUUGGCGGGUGAGGUCUUGUUGUACAGCCAUGCUGCAGCGCCGCCAUGGCUUGUGAUCUUGUUAUAGGCCAACCGGUUGACAACACUGUUGCCCAGCUAUAUUCGAAGAUAGUACUGUUGCAUAUUUAGCGAAUACUUGUUCAUUUUAGUUGAGAGCCUACUUAUUUCAUCUUUGACCCUCAUUUGUCGCCUGCGGACACACCGAGUGAACCGCAGGUGGUCUAACGGGUAGGUCCCGUUUUCCCCGAGUCCCAACAUCUUCCGGGCUCUUGAAAGUUUGGGUCCUAAAAUGCUCUGCCAAUCCGACCAGACUUUUUUUUAUAUAAACGGUCAUAUUCAUAUGAGUAGUGUAGAGCAGCUAUCAUGCUGUGCUUUCGAAUAAAUCGCGAAUAAAACUCAAAUUUCUUCGUUUUUUAUCCUCGUCGGUGGUACGUCUUUUCGGUUCCCCCAAUGCCCCUUAAUCUAAACUGGCAAUAACGUAACAGACGUUCCAUUUGAAAUACCCAACUCCAGCGCCUGAAUUUCUUUCUGAAUAUUGGUCUCCAGUUUGCCGGCAUACAUCUGAUCCUUCAGGCGAUCCCAAAGAAAAAGUCCGGCGUUGUAAAAUCAGGGGAACUUGUAGGUUAACUGAAAUCUAAAAUUCGCCAAACUAAUUGAUCCUCUCAUAUUUGCCUUAAUAGGUGUAUUGGAGCUCUGGCUGUAUUGGCAUUUGUUCCAUCUUGCUGCCAUCAUGUCUCCAGCUUGUUCUUAACUGCACAACACAAAUAAGCUCUCAGCAAUGCUCGAUAUUGGUCACCGUCCAGCGUACAGACUUAUUCGAUCUCAAAACAGAUCAAACAUGAUUGCCCUUUGAAAUGUAACACUGCACCAAAUCGUUAGCUCCAGGUAGUUGAAUUCACACAAAUGGAUAACCCCUUCAUAGUUGCCUUGCCCUAGAAGCUACUAUUCUGCUUAGUAAUUGAGUCAGUCAGACGAAACUGAGCGUCAUCUCCUAUUAUUAGUUUGGUAAUAAAACGGCUGUCCUCUCUAUCUAUCAUUAAGUUGACCGCCACUGGUGACUAGUCGACAUUAAUUCCGGUACCAAAUGUGUCAUGUGUGGAUAUAUGCAUGCGCUACACUGAAGUCCGCUAGAAUUCGAGUUCACUGGAAUGCUUUUGAGUGGAAGUCCCUGGUACUUCCUGAAUGCUCAGCUGCACACUUUCAGUAUUUUUUUCGGCUAUUCACUGGACGUGGUGCACCAGCUUGGGACAAAUUUCUAACAGGCAGCUUUCGCCGGAACUGUUUAACCGAGCGAUAUAUUGCUGCUUUUGUGGAUGGGGUCCCGACAUGGAGAGGACAAAUACAUGUUUUUUUGUGCCAGAAGAAUGGAAGGAUGAGUAUGGUCAUUCCCGUGCGACAAAUAAUGUAUUGUGCCACGUUUGUACCAUGGGUGAUUGCAGACGGAAACUAGGGCGAAAUUACCGGUGCAACCGUUUUCAGUUCUGCAAAUCGAUUCGAACGGUUCCUACCUUUUUGACAAAGCCGGCUGGGAACUAGCCAUGCUUCAUUUUAGCUGAGUCGCAGCGGAUUAUGCAAAAACACAAGAGUAGCCAAGACGAAAACUGCCCAAACCUAUCUCUUUAUCGUUUACGAGACACUUAACCAAAGGAUUAACUACAUCUAGAAAACCUGAAUUUGAAAGCUGAGGUCUGUUACUUUUCUAUCGUUCACAAAAGGCACCCCAAUUGUCCUCACUUUAACCAAUAAUAUUAAAGUGAGACAGUACAGGUCUACUAACACGACGACGUUAGCUAAGCGAGUAGUUGCUGUUGCGUAGGUGCGAUCAGUAAAUCAACAUACUGAGCUAGAGGCUCCCAGAAGUCUUGAUUUCCGCCGUCUCCCCUCCCACCCCUUCCUGCAUGUUUCCCGGACAGCCACAAUAAGUAAACCAGAUAUGCUGUUGGUAUAAUGAUACAAAAAUGCAUAUCUGUCGCCUCCAACGAGACUGGGGUACUUAAUCUUUCAGCUAGAAUGGCUGAAGUCGCCUUGAAUCGUGAUGAUUCUUGCAGGUCGGACUAGCGACAGGCCGCAUAAAAAAACCGGUUCCCACUUAAAUGUAUAGGUUGUGCGUAAAUUGCAGUUUGAAUGGCAUCCAUUAUGGCUGUCUGAAAUUUGUGUGAUAGUUACUCGGUCGAUCACAUCGGGGUGUUUACUUGCUGAGUUUUCAUCAGCGGUAUUGAUAGUUGGCGUGAUGAUGACCUGACAACGAACUACCGUAUCCACAUGAGUAGUCAGACUGACUGUGUGAGUACUUGUCAUGGCCGGGUCGUCUUGAAGUGGGAUACGAGAAAUCGUUGACAGACUCCCGGCCGAAAAACACCACUUACGCCGUUGUCACUUCUUGUGAGGACUUCAGCCUAGGCGAACUUGGGGGCGUCGUCCCAAGCAACCCCGCGACUUAUGAUUUGGCAUUUUUCCUCCCCACUGCUGAUGUAAUUUGCUCCUCAGCUGGUGGAGUAAUGUGCAAGUCGGUCCGACGUAAUUCCCUCGUCAAAGAUUGCGUUAAAUUCCAUAGCAGACUCGUGAUUUGUCUUGACUUACUGAGGGGUCUUUCGCCUUUAGCACUUAUCGCCAAACUUUUAUUCUACUGCUGUGUAAAUCGGUCCCUGUACGCGUUGGAGAAAUCAGGCGAGUGAAGCUAUGUUCCAUCCGUCAGACCUAAUUAUAAUUGCCCAGACGCAUGUUUUUCUUAGCCUAUUCAGUGUUGACUUGCAGUCUGCCUCGGCAGUUACUAAUUUUGGCUAGGUUACCCAGUUUUAACUCCUCUCCACCCUCCCCCGUCAGUGGAAAUAACAGUUUCCGAGGACACCUAGGCGUCAAAUUCCGAGCAUGUGACCUCACCUUUUGCACUGUGGCUUUUUAAGACAAGCGUCUGUCUCAUUUGCAUUUUCAUCCCUCUGCGCCUCUACCCCCACCAGUGAAUUCCAGAUGCCGUUGACGAGAGCUCAGCACCACUAUCACCUGAUCCUUGAUGUUGUUAUUCUUUUCUUUCAGCUAUUCAGCGUGCUGUGAUUUCCUUCAGGCCAAUAACCUUCUCUCCAUCAUCCGCGCUCAUGAAGCUCAAGACGCAGGGUAAGUCAACACGCAGUUGCUAAUCCAAGCUGUCUCACAGUUGCAUUUAUCAUUUUUAUGGGGAGUGAAAGACACACAUGCACGCUCGCACGCACGAACGCACACGCAGAGAAGAGAGGCUCUGUCAGUCUGGCAGUAGUAGCACGACGCGGAGCCGCGUCAUUGAGGGAAAAGCUCUCCAAAAGUAAUCCCCAUAAGCGUGCUGCCAGUGCAUUACCGACAAAGAAUAGGGAGGCCAGAAUCAGCGUCCAGCAGUUAUUUGUCAUCUUCGUGGCCAACUGAAUGUACACCCGGUCGGAACUAAUUGCGGUUAGAACGCGGUUCCAGUUAAUAAUUAAGUCAGGCGAUAUGUCAAUUACCUCCGCGGACCCACAUUCUUUGACGGCGAUCACUCCUUCCUUGCAGAUGACUCACGACGCUAAGUAAGCAGGGAGCGGACGCUUUCGUGCUUUUCCUACGGUUUCGCUUUCCUGGUACAGAAAGAGAUGUGGAUCUGAGAGAGAGAGAGAGAGAGCGAGAGAGAGAGAGAGAGAGAGCGAGAGCGAGAAAGAGAGAUGUAAGGCGAAUGGGCUCGCCUGUAUAGAAGAUUACAUCAGCUAAUGCCACUCACAUGCGCCUUAAUUUUCUACAAGUGCAGUUGUCUUUCCCAUCCAGUGCAUCCGCGGAUCACCGCGAGCACUGUCAGCUUCCAUUCAGCUUUUGGUGCCGCUUCCAUGAACUCCCGGCCGCGUUGAGUGUGUGUUGUCGUCAUCGAGGUUUUGGAAUCCCACAUGCGCCUAGAAAAGGAUUUCAACAAAAUAUAAUGUGAUAGAACUUCCACAGGUCCAUUGCUGGAGUCUCAUGUUCUAUUUCUGAAUGUCGACGCAGCUCUCUGUUGAGUUUGCUUGAUUUAUCGGAGACUUGGAUAAGUUCUAGUUGAUUAUUAUGUUGUUUUCUGGUCCUCAGAACUGAGGGCUUAUCGGUCCUCGAAGUGAGUACACUGGGGUCUGGGUAAUGGUGCACUUGCUUCGAUUGGUUUCCCUGCGUUUUCAAUCAGACUGAUGUGAAAUUUGGCCGACCUUUGAUAAAUAUGAAUGAUAUGACAGUUCGACCAUCUCGAACGGUGAUGUCCUCCGUGUGCCGUCGACGUGAUGAACGCAGGACUGUGAUUUGUGCGUGAAUUAGUUGACAGUGCCUUGCGCCGCGUCUGUCUCACUCUCUCCCUCACUGACCUGGGCCCGGUGACAAGGCAGAGCCAAGAAGACUUGAGAGGGGCUCGGGCGUAUCACUGUCCCAACAUUCCUACCGCAAACAGCUCCAUGCAGGACUACAGAGGAAACUGCGGAGCAGCUCGGAGUCACCCGGACAACCGUAUUUACCAGUAGUCAUAAAGUAACUGUGUUAUUCAAACUCCGCUCCAGAGUUAGUAUCAUGGAUAUUAUGCCGAUAUGGCCGUCCGUCAUAAAUCGUUAUACUAAGGGCGUAAAAGGUGCUGUUGCACAGGGGGAAUAGUCGUUGGGAUGAAUAGACGAUUGCACCAGUCGCCAUGUUGAGAGAGGCCGUCACUCCAUUCUGAGCCAAUCUGGGCGUUAGCUUUUACCCGUAACUCUUCAAAGCUAUACAGAGGGCAGCGGCUGCUCCCCGGUAGUCAUUUUAACUGGAUGAGUGAAACCAGAUGAAGGCAUAAGGCGUGUCUGUACAGUGCUGGCAAAUGUGUACGCGCGUUUGAAGUCUGGUUUGGGGAUCGGGAGAUGUCAAUUUCUUUGCAUAGGGGAUUUAUUUUAGAUGAGCCACUGAUCCAAGAUCCGUCUCCUAUCCAUUUCAUCGGAUCUUUCGGAGACGGCACGGUCGGUGUUGAACCUGUCCCCUUUAGUAAAUUCUUUUCACGCGGCCGCAACAACUAUCCUCUCAUGGUACCAGGGGGUGAUUGUGCGGCUUGAUAAAAAAGAGCUGUCGAGUCGAACUUUACGGCGUUUUUGCCUUUCCACUGAUCUCGCUGACUAUUCGCCGUCAUCAGGCAACCAUACCUCAAUCCCUCGGACAGAGGCGACUUGGAAUCCGCAAUGAACGCUUUGAUAGUUGUCUUUGUUCGGGAUAAUUCUGGAUUACCGAUUUCCCUCAUACAUGCGCUCUAGACUGGAACACCAUGACAGACCGAAACACCCGUAUUUCGUUUUGCAGUCAGGUCCGAUAUUGUCUCCCUCUUGGGUGAAAACGAAACGAUAAAUACAGUACCAUAGUGAUGCCAGGUUUAGGAAUUGCUUUCUUUUUGUGUUUUUUUUUUACGUACACAUAAUUUUCUUCCAGAUCUGUGACCGGUUUCUUUUUCUAGUGCCUUCUUUGCCUCAACCUAGGUAUCGCAUGUACCGAAAGAACCAGGCCACCGGAUUCCCCUCUCUGAUCACGAUAUUCAGUGCACCUAACUACCUGGACGUUUACAACAACAAGGGUGGGUUUAUUUCCCAAACGCCCUCCGCUUGAUUGGUGUGCCUACCCAUUUCCCAGACAUUUGUCUGCUUUUUUAACUCCUUUGAAAUCACGUGAGUGUCUUCGCGUUAAUACAUCCAUCCGAGCACGCGUCAAGUUUGCUUUUUAUUGUAUCACGCAGUUAGUAGAACCCACCCUGCCACUUUGCACUUUCCACGUCCUUGGGUGCUGGCUUUUUUUAAGCUUUGUCAUUUUUUCUGUGCUUCCAGAUUGCAAUUUUUACGCGUUAUAAGCGAGCAAAAAGGAGUUCUAACUUCUCUGGACAGUUUAGUGCAAGCCUUGCCGGUUUCCACCUCGGACUCCAAAUUCACCUCUGUGCGGGGAGACAACUUUCUGUCGCCGCAACAGGAGUGAGGACUUUUAAGGGGGACAGCACAUGUUACAGCUAAUAAGUUCGUGCCUUGUAGGCCACGGGGACUACCAGAGUUCCGGAGAGGGCCCAGCAAACAUGCCGGUGCUGCCUCCACCUCACACCCAGCAUGAUGAACAGUAAAACAGAAUUAGAACAACUGGAGAAGGGCGUGCGCGUGGUGUUCGACGACCCCACGAAGGAGUCGUCAUUGGAGGGUCUUGGCCACGAGGGCCGCAUUAAGAAGAUGAAACCGUCGCAGUCCUGACUGUGCUAGGGUUAUCUCGUCAGUCGGCAGCCUUCUGGACCGUUUGGCUGUUUAUAGCCGGAAAGCUCUGCGCUGAAUCGACUUCUCCAACUCUGUCUCCCCCUCCCCCGCGCCAGAGGCUGUCGGAAUCAAGCCGAUUACGGAGGAGAUUGGGUACCAGUGGCUGACGGGAUACGAUGAAACCCCCGUCUGAUGUCUGACACAUGCAAACACCCACAUGCACGUUGCGUGACCUGCCAUUAAUAACUGCGAGCAUUUCGUCUCAAAGGUUUAUCGUAGAUAGGAAAGGUUGUGCAGGAUCGGUCUCAACCCCUGCCCCGCCCAUCAUUGUUUACUGGUGUCAAGGCUACGUCAGGCCGGCUGGAGGUGAGAUGGGGCUCAGUCACUGACUACAAAGUUCUAACCCGUGGGCUACUUACGACGCAUGUGAGUGACUCCUUUGCAUGCCUGAUGCAACAGCGUAGGUAGUCUUGCGGACCCAAGAGGCUCACACGCACACACACAAGUACCACGGUCUGUACGCGUCAGCACUCACAACGGCGUUGCAUAUCGACUGCGCACGUACCCAUCUCAGUCUGACGACGCCCAACUACUGGUCACGUUAUACCGAAGGUGCCGAGUUCUCCGAUAGUCGGAUCCCUUCAAACCACGGCCCAUGAGGUGCUAGAGACAUUUGCCAGGUCUUGUGUAGGUCUGAUAGUGCGGUAUCAGCUCGCCCUGGGACUUAGGCAUUAGAUGCGCGCAAUAAUUCGUUCGUUUUGUGCACAAAAAAGUAUCUCCAUCUCGGAGUGGCGACGAAGUUGGUCAAGAAUAGGGUUUCGUUGCAGCACCACUUUCUCCUUCAUUUUCCAGCGUUUUACAGUUGCAGAACUGUGUCAGUCAAACUUUCCGGGAGCAUCCAAUCCGCCGCGAUUAGAGCCUGUUGCCUCGACAUGAUUCUUUUCAGAGCCAAAUGGCCACGUACGCAGGCGCAGACGCUCCGUUUCUCGCGUGUCCGAGGCGAUUCUCCGUUUUAUCGUACUUGUUUUGUAGGAGUAAUUCGACGGUCUCGACUGCCAGAUCCUGGGGAAUAGAAGUGAGGGACAUGAGAUCAAAAGAUACCAUGACCUCAUUUAGCAGGGGACCUACCUCUUUAAGCUUCUUCAGCAAUUGUCUUGUCGAAUGGACCGUGGUGUCUGGAUCAUCGGUCAGAAAUUUGAGACGUCGAAACAGCCAUUUUGCCAGUCCGUACGUUGGAGUGCCUUUGGGCGAUAUGAUGGACGGAAGUAGAGCGCUCUCAUUGUGUACCUUUGAGAAGCCAUAGAUCCGGGCCAAAGUCGUCUCUUAGGAUGCAGUAGCAUAGCGGCUACGUCCUAUAAAUGCUGCAAUUUCCUGUGCAUGAAUUACCCUUAUCUGAUACUGUCUCUGGUGAUGGGCUUGAGCGUGAAUCCGAAACGUCAAACAAAUAAAGCUCUUGUUCCAGCUACCGCCUCUACCUCUGACCAACUACUUCCCGAGACUCCCAUCUUUGCGUGUAUCGGUGUAUGGGUAGAUUGCAAGCCUGCCUGCCAAGUUCUUGGUGAGUAGGGGAUUUAGCAGCAGAGUGCGCAAAAGGAUCCAGGGGCUGUGUGGCAUGGACAUUACCUGGACCCAGAUGUUUGUUGCCUUUUAAAACAUGCCUUUGCUAGCUAUACGAGUGCAGAUGGGGGAAGCCACUCGCAGGCGCAGGAUGAUGCAGUGGCCGCCGUUCAUGUUUGCACCGUAGAGGGUCAGGCCUCACACCCACCGACUGCUGCUGCCCCACUGGCCUGGCUGCAUUUUGUCCUUGCUAAUCGCGACCGGUCCCAGGCCCGGUGACUGGAUCCUCAUCCGCUGCCGAGUUGCAUGUCCCUACGCCUGCUGUCGCCCUGGUCGGGUCGCCUUUUAGCCGCUGCGCCGCGAUGUGACGCGUGCGAGCGUGCGUGCACGCCCGUCUCUGUUUGUCAUUGGUGGACGGAUGGGAGAAGAGAAGAGCGCACAAACUUCCGACACGGUGUCGUAACGACAGAGCCUGGCAACUGGAUCUGCAGGCGUGUUUGCCGGUUGCAGUAAUCUUUUUACUGCAUGCGCGAGCCCGAGGAGGGUGGUGGCGGCAGCGAGGGCGGUGGCGGCGCCGGUGAUGGUGGUGGUGGUGGUAUAUAAUGAUUACUUCCGGACCUUCUCCACCAUGCGCAUUUGUAAUAAUCGUAUGCGUGCGUUAUGCCUGCAAGUGCGUGAAUUGUAAGAUUAGUGGUGUGAGCUUUUUCUGCGCAUGAUUCCAUACACGAUCCUGACCUCUUAAAGGGUGUGUGUGUGUGCCUUUGAAGCAAUUCCAGCAAACCGUCUUUCUGCGGGCCACACCUUUGCCAAAAACUUUAGUGAAGGUGCGUCUCUGUCCUUGCCACUCUACCUGUGUAGUCACAUAGGAAUAGUGCUUCACCUUCCAUUUCGUAUGCUGUCUCGUCGUGGGUGACAGGCACCCAGCCAUAUCUCUCUCUCUCUCUCUCUCUCUCUCUCUCUCUCUCUUUCUCUCUUUAUGAGGUCUUGACAGCGAUAACGUCGUACCUCGGAAUGAUAUGCCCUGUAAUUCGAUUCACAGGACCACUGAAAGUGCGUUUGCGGGAAGAAUAAUUCGACGCAGUCUUUUCGGGCCCUCUAGAUUGGGUGGCGUUCCUAAUUUCUCACCUUACUUCAUUACAUCGAACAUCGUUCUCCCGAAAUUCUAAUUGCUUUCGGAAGAAAUAAUCAAACUGCUAGAUCAUCUUGGUAACUUUAAGCCCUCUACAUGGGCAACAUUCUGAGUCCAGUCUGUCGCUAGCUUUCCGUGACGCUUGACAUAGAAAGUAACAAAUUAGGUGAGAGAAACGUGUCAGACCUACUCAGAAUAUCGUAAUAUUUGCCUGCGAGUGGAAUUUCGGAAGUAUCAGCUCAUAUGUCAGCAUAUUUUGAAACACCCUAAGUGCGUCAAUACUUGACAGAGCGGCGCGUUUUCCCCAAAACAUCUUUGUGAGGGGGAGAGAUAUCUCGAUAACAUUCAGAAUGCCAUUCAUAUUUUUAUACGGAUGCAUUUGCUCAGGUAGGUACUGUCAGUAUUCGAACUCAAGGCUAGUUCAUGUGAGCGAGAGAGAGAUAUGCUUUAUUUUGGAAUCAUCAUGACAACAUUUUCAGCAAGUAAGACCCCUUCAUAGUGUGUGAGAAUUGGUACGAAAAACAUAACACCAGAAGAUCACAAGCGACAUUUAAUGGCCAAAAACUGUAACUGUCAACAGCAUGAAGAAUUGCCGGUGAAUGAGUUGCAAAAUUCGUGUCAGAUUUUACUUUCUUCUAAACGAUGUUUGCUUAAUGUGGAGAAGACCUCAUUAUUUUAGUCCAAAUAAACAAAUUAGAGGGACGGGGUAUCCGUGUAUAAUGAGUAAAAUAGGCCAACGGAUGUACAUAUAGGAAAGUUACCAUGUGAAUAUAGAACAGAAAAAAAGAUGACGGCUCAAUUUCGGACGUCCGCCCACCGAGGAAAGACUUAUUUCCCAAUUAGUAGCCCGCGUGUUGCAAUCGACGAAAGUUAUCUUGCUCGACCUGUGUCGCCGUUUUGGAUGACUGACAUUUGUACGUCUCGGAGGAUUGUGCUGUUCCGGCAUAUUUGAGAUGUCCGGUAAUUCUAAUACUAGUCCUAAUUGCACCCUGUCAGGACGAGCAGGUUAGAGUGCUGUUGUUGUUGUUGUUGUUGUUGUUGUCCUUACUAUUGUUUGGCAGGUAACCAUCGCUGCGCUCGGUUGGACUCCAGAUGGACAGAUGAAGCAAAUAAAGCAGGCCCGGAAAUGGGCCUUUGGUAGACGGUGAAGCAACUCUAUUGGUAGUUUGAAAUAGCGUGUGUGGAUCCAGCUAACUGGCUCGGUCGCCCUUGUGCGAGUAUUUACCGUAUAUCCCAAACUGCGACUAUCACAGUAGACUGCACGAACACUUGGGUCGCAAGAACAAGAGAGGUCGGUGAAAGACAUUCUCGCCCUCGAGCCUUGUAUAUAUGGCGUUGGGAGAGAGUGCGUCUCAUGAACCGACAAGUUUCGAGUGACUACUUUUUUUUUCUGUUGAUAUUCAUGUCAGCAAUUUCUGAAGAACUUGGUGGCCUCGAUAGGAUUCGGACCCGCGGUAGGAAGAGUAAGACUCUCACUAUCUGAGCUACGGGGUCCCGACAGAGUGCCGAGCAUUUAAUCGCAUUUUUUUACUUACAGCAGGGUCAUCUUAGUUACUCAAAUCUGUCAAAAGUGCCUAUUAGGUGGUCAUUCGGUGAACGUUCGAUUAAAUGCUGAGGAAAUAUUAUUUGGGCAGUCAGCUUACUGUAUCAAAAUUGGUGGGUUCUCUUCACUGCAGUGGGUUCGGUGGGUAACUUAACCCAAAUAUGGCUAAAUUCACGGCUCCCGAUUGGAUCUGGUAGCUCAGGUGGUCAGAACGUCGACUGUACCCUAGCCUUGCGCUUGCUUUUGUUGGUCCGAAUCCCACCGAAGUAGCCGAGUUUUUCACAAGUGGGUGGAAUGAAUUAUCCAUAUGUGCCAAAAACACCUAUUAAUAUUGUAAUGUCGUCGUUCAAAAAAUUCCCUGACUGACAUGAACCAAUGGCACAUGAGAACUGGGACUCCGAAAAAUCUAUUCAUGGUGCCUACCUGACAAGGGAUGCAGAUUCGUUUGGAGAACCACGAUUAUGUAUGUACAGUAGGUUGGCUAACUCAUGAAAUGUCAACCGAAAUUCGUUUUCGUUUCGAAAAGAUUAAUUAAGUAGGGUUUUAAAGCUAGUCGGCCUGCAACAUAAUUCUAUAACAGUUCAGUUGCCUCAGGAUACCGGCUUUCGAAUGAACUUCCUUCCGGCUGCAUGAAAAACUGCACUGUGAGAAAUGACUACUUAAGUAGCAUGAAUUUUUAUCGAUUUUCAGUGCCCCGAAAAGUUCAAUUAUAUUUCAUGGAAGGCAUGCACAAAAAUAUUCAUUCUUUCGCUCAAUUGGUAGCAAAUUACGUCUUCUUUCAAUUGUAUACUCGAAGGAUGGACAUAAUUCAGUUUUAAAAAAGUUUCUAACUGUGGGACUUUUAAAUACCGUGAAAUGGCCGUUCAUAAAUCUUUAUGUCUCUGCAUUUACCAAUGUGGCUUGUAAAAUUAACAAUAUGAAUAAAAUUCACUGUUAAAUUUUAUGAACCCUAUAUGGUUUGUCUUUAUUACCGUAGGUAAAUGUAUGGUUUUCCGUACGCGGAAAAUGUAUGGCUUGUAGUUUGGAAACCCUGAAUCCAAGUGUAACGGUAGAGCGGGUUCAAAAUUACUCGGUAAUUGGAAAAUUUUUUGAAAACCGAAUUCUACCCUUCCUUUGACUAUAAGAUUGCAAGUAGACGUCAUUGUCUACCGAAUGAGCAAAAGAAUGAAUAUUUUUGUGCAUGCCUUCCAUGAAAUAUAAUUGGACUUUUAGGGGCAUUGAAAAUCAAUGAGAAAAAUUCAUGCUACUUAAGGAGUCAUUUUUACAGAGUGUAAUUUUUGCAUGCAGUCGGAAGAAAAUUCAUUCGAAAGCUGGCAUCCUGAGGCAACUGAACUAUUAUAGAAUUAUGUUGCAGGCUGACUAGUUUUACAACCCUACUUAAUUAAUCAUUUCGAAACGAAAACGCAUUUCGGAAUUUCGGUUGACAUUGUAUGAGUUAGCCCACCUACUGUAUGUACGUAUGUGUCUAAUGUAUGCAUGUAUGUACUGCUCCACGCUAACCUUCCCAGUAACGAUCGUAAAAGAAUCUCGAGCUCGCGUCAGGCCGUAGCUCAUGAAAAUGUGUAAGUACACGCACGUAAUAUGUUUCUGAGUAGGCAGUCCGACAUUGUUUUGCACAGGUUAUUAGCAAGAGAACUUCGAGCCGAAAUUCUUCACCAAAUAUGCAAUGUGUGUGCUGCACUUUUCCGCCUAAAUCAUUGUUUUAUUUAACUAAUAAUAAUUCACUUUAGUACCUCGUUCUCGCAUAUGGCGCCGUGGUUCGCUGAGCGUCGAUUAACAGCAGUGCAUGAUUACGCGCAAUGUCUGUCCCUUUUUGUGCUCCUGUUAACAAAGCCAACCACCUUCGCGCUCUUUUAGUAAACCCAUUUUUCAGCCCUGACUAACCGUCGUUUACUUGGUGAGAUACUUAUCCCUUUUGGCUUGGCACUCGGGGCGCAAGUUAAACUGCUUUACGAGCAAGAAUUUUGGCACGACUGGAGUGGCCAUUUGUGACCCAGCUUUCAGUCAUUAAUCUCUUCAGUCCUCCAAAGGCGUGAGGUCUGCUCAUACAUAAAUCCAGAUGGUCGGUCUUUGAGCUUAUGACGCUCUGCCUGCCGCAGUAAGGACACGCAACGUCAAGUGAGGGUGGCGUCCACUGUACCAUCCCGAUUACAGGACAGCAUGCUCUGUUUUCACCUUCCAGUCUGCGAGAGUUUUGUAUUGGACCUAGAGGUGUGGUUGUAUUUCAUCCUACAAUAAGUUAGGCUCAAGUAUCACCAGUCACGUGAACCCUGCUUUUUACCCUCGAUUUUUCCCACAUCCCGAAAAUCGCCUUUCAGUAAGAAUAGGUCCACCUCGGUAAUACAGGUGGCCUUGCGCAAAAUUUCAGGAAGGGUAAACAUUCCCCCGUCCUAACUCUAACACUGACCCUAACCCAAACCAUAUCACCAACCCGCACUUAACUCUAGCCUUAAACAUAAACACAGCCCUAGCCCGACCUUACCGCUAACCCCAAUCUCCCUGGAAAUUAGCGCAAAGCCCUCAGAAUAGGGGGAGGGGAGGUUCCUAUUCUCGUGUCUUGCCCGUCUUACUUCUGACUCACUACAUCUCCUCCUCCUGCAUGCGUUUCUGCUUUUUUUAUGAGGGACGGUAACAACCGUCUCUCCGUAUGGGUCUUCUAAUUCUAACCUUUCCACCCUCCCUUUUUGCCCUAUUUCAGCGGCCAUUUUGAAGUACGAGAAUAAUGUGAUGAACAUUCGACAGUUUAACUGCUCUUCCCAUCCCUACUGGCUCCCCAAUUUCAUGGACGUGUUCACUUGGUCCCUUCCAUUCGUCGGUGAGAAAGGUGAGCACUUUUGCCCCUCUACCCUCCCCCUCCCCCUGCGUCCACCCAUCCCCAUCGCCUCUGCUUGCCCGGGGACUUGAGUGUGCACCCUCGGUUGCACCUCUACACUUUACCGUACUCCCGACAUAGGUAUCAGCCAAAAGCCCAAACACGUGUUUCGCCGAUAUUUUGCCGCUGCGUGACGCAGCUGCGAGGGGUUCGGCUCCUCAGUGGGUCGCCCAGCGUUCUCGGUGAAACAGGUGUCUGGGCUUUUAGUUAGUACCCAUGUCGGGAGUGCGGUGUAAUACUUUCGCUAUAUAGAUUUCACAAUACUUAUAGCACUACUUAUUUGCAGAAUGGGCAUUACGCGGCUAUUCCACAGUAGUUAAUUGUCUUCGACUCGAAUAGCCAUUGAAAUUUCGGGUCUGACCCUAAAAGGUCAUGUCCCGGAACCUUGACUCCAUGUUCUGCGGUGGAUAAUUUCUGAAAUUAUUCACUCGAUUAUUCUCUGGAAUACAUAUAUCAGAAACCGCAUAGAGAACGCUGGGGAACACACUGAGGAGCCGAACCCCUCGCAGCUGUGUCAUGUAGCGGCAGACUAUCGGCGAAACACGUGUCUGGGCUUUUGGUUAGUACCUAUGUCGGACGUGUGAUAUAAUAUCUUUGCAGUAUAUAUGUAUAUAUAGGCAUGUAUAGGCAUAUGUAUAUAUCUACAUGCAUACCACCUAUGAUCUACAGAUACAGAUGUAUAUAACAUUCGAAUACCAAUUAUUCCUGUUCUUUUAGAGUUUUGAUCAUUGCAAAUAUAUUACAGACUUACGAUUUGACUAUUCCACCUGGUAUUAAAGAACUGCAAUAGUGGGGGGCUUUACGACACAGACGAUACAAGCGAAAAUGUGAGUUCCUCGAAGCAGUUGGGGAGCAGGAGAUACGAUCACUGCCUGAUGUUCCGCACUCACACUCGAAUCCAGCACGAGAAAUUGCAGCACCUAUGCAAACAGUCUGAGGAUAGAUUCCAAACGUCAGCCUAGUGAAAGUCUCGAAUGGGGCCAAAUAUGUGAGUCUCAGGUUCUUGUAAUAAAUAUCUUGUUCCAGUGAUCGCGUCUCCUGCUUCCCAUGUUUGACCUCUCUGUCAUAGUCGUCAAGUUGUACGCCAGCCCCAGACUGCGCACCCGAAGUUCAGACCUCCCCACGUAGUGUAGGGGGGGGGAAUAGUCAGUCACGUAGAGCUGGCGGGCACAGGAAUGAGCUGUUCUCUUCUACUUUGGCGUUGAUUGUCUACAGCGUUCGCAGGCAAUUACCAGUCAGUACUGGAUAAACGCUCAUUUCCUUCCUGCAACGCACGUACGCACGCACGCAAUCCUCAUGCCAGUAAGUACGAAAAUCGGUGGGCAUUUUGCUUAAACAGUGCGGUAACACGCGUGUCCUUGCCUGGCAUUUAUUCACUGCUUAUUGAAUAAUCUGUUGCGGUUGGCAGAGAACUUCAAGGUAAGCAAGUGUACUACUGCGAAAUUGCUUUUGCUGGACAGUCGGUGUUUGCAGUUUUGAACCCGAUGGGCAUUGUGCCAGGCGUCCUUGCCACUUCGCAGUAACCACCUGCCCUGGGAAACAUUGCUGUCCCUAACAGUCCAGGCAUAGGCACUUCUGUUACAAACCUGGCUUCUAUAGUUUGAAGGAGGAAAAAGCCCUCAUGGCCAGACCAAAAGACCUUCGUGUGAAUGGGUGUGACGUCAAGCCUUCCGCAUGCUUUGGGCUAAACUCUAUUCUACCAAGUUCUUGUGGCCGCUGGUCUCUGGGUAGGACUUUCGAAAUGGGACUCGUGCAGCACAGACGAGGGAACUAUUAUGACCGACAAUCAACAAUGAGCACAGAAAAACCCCCUGCGCCCACUUCUGCUUUCCACCACUUCACUUCUCCUGUCGUGGGGACCCGACCGUAGACCACCGUUUGACACACACGCCAUUAGUGAUCUAUCCUUACCACUUCCCUGAUAACAUAACCAUGGUCCGUUGAGGCUAAAGUUUGGACUCGCGAAACAAAUAAACGAUUGUUGACUUGCUGUUGUUGUAAGAAGACGUGCUCCAGGCAGUGCGCCAAUUUUAGGCAUUUCGUACUGCUAAACUUGGAGCGUAAUUUCAUCCGCUGUUUGACAUAGAGAGCAAGAGAGCUCAAGAUUGUUGAAAGUUUCUUACACUCGAACGGGUACCCUGAUCGACUCAUUGCUAAAAACAUAGCCGAAAGACCCUCAAGGCCGCUUAUGCUGACGGCAGGAAAGAAACGGCUUUUCUUCAGGGUCCCAUUUGAAGGGGCUGCACAGAACGAUCUUUUAAGAAAACGCCUAACUCAACAUGGAUCGUGUACCUUUUCAGCACCUGACGCCCGUGUACUCUUCUCCGCUAGUCCCAUCCUAUACGGAGAAGGAAAGGGCAAAAUCUCAGCCCAAACCGCCUCUGUGUGUAUUUGCUCCUCCACCUGCUCCAGUUCGGCAGAAUAGAUUGGUUUCACGAGUCGGUGUCUGUGCAAAAAAAAAAUAAGAAAACACCUCCUGGCGGGGCCAGGAAAGGGUCAAAUAAAGAAAGUUAAUAUCUCUAUCCUCGCGCACAUGAUAAACAUAGACCAUCGCGUAGGUGCCACGGAGGCCGUCCGAGUGAUUUACAAGGUUCUGUCAAACUAUCCAAAGCCACUUGGACAGUGUAUCUUGGCUGCAGCAGAGGCGGCUGCAAUCGGCUUACGAAAAGCGGUCCUGUGCACAGAAAAACGUAAUACAGGUCCAAUAGUUGCCAUGGUCUAAAGCCACCAAGUCAGCCAUCCCCUUGACGCCGACUGUAAUUUUCGUGUUUCACUCCGACUCCCCCACAAACCCGAGCAACAGCAUAAUUAUCUACUUGCCCGCAUUCAUUGGUGGAAAAUCGCCAUGCUCAUACGUCCCGAUCACGGCCGCCCAUCCUUUGGACAGUCCUAAGACACACCUGGGUUGCACUGUACAUUCACUUCUAACCCUCCUUUUUGCCUACCAAACACUCAAUCUGUAAUCCUGGUUAUAUUUUGCCAGAUAGUGCUGCGGGAGCCUCUAAACAGAAUGACUUUAUACAGUAGGUGUUUAGCGUUGCCCUGUUGAUGAACAACCAAAGAGUUUUGUCGUAAUUAGGGCCUGUUCGCAUCGGGAAGCCAGUGGAUCGUAGUGCACCUUCCUCUGUGCAGUAGGCGACAUAACCGGAGAAAUUGACGUACUUUUACAAAUACUUCCUUGUAGUUUGGAAACUGCCCCAAAUGCAUCGGACAGGACACCAGGUUCAAAACGAAUGGUCUGCGUUCAGAUAAAAACACAAAAUAAACAUUUACAAAUCUUACGUAUAUUAGAAAUAACAUUUUUGAGAAAGAGUGUAAAUACCGGAAACUCGAAAAUUCGUGUCAGAUGUAUAGGCUACAUGCCCAUCAGUGAUCAGUUUACUGUAUGGUUAGGUGGCUAGUCAACUGUUUAGCGAGUAGCGAAGUCUGUCAAGAUGAUUUACUCGACUUUCGUUGAAAGUUGCUCACUUAUGCAUUGGUUAGGAUGCGCUCGAUCCGGACGAGGAUGAUUUUAUUUGAUUUCACUGGCAGGAAUGUCGCAGGAAUAAAUGAUUUCAGAGGGUUGCAUGUCCAUAGGUCGGCCAGAGACCAAGAGAUUUUAGUAUAGUCAACAAAUUCAGUCAUGGGCGUAUCGUUUUCGGUUUUUCGAUAGAAAUUUUCCUUCGUAAAGUUAAUGCGUGCUUCCUGGCGACAGUGAAUUCGGCUGAACGCCAGGACACCCCUGAAUUGUCGGAGAAUAUUCUACGGUUUUCGGUGUUCUCGGUCGAUUGACCAAAAAGUCAGCGUAGGCAGUUUGUGACUGUUGCAAACUAAAAAAUAAGACGGUUUUUGGAAACCUUAACCCUUGCAACGAGUUUCCCUAUCCGUCAACUAGCUGCUUUAGGUGACUGUACAACCACUUGACAAAGUUAUAAGCAGGUAAUCCAAUUAGGGGCACUACGAUCGUCAGUGGCGCAUCUGUUUUAGGCACCUUUGGAAGGCCGUUUCCAGGUGCGACAGGGGGUUACUAGUGUCUAAUGAGUUUCACUCAAGCGGGCUCAUUCGCUCCUACAGUUGGGAGUCUGCUUUUGUUGGGUCAUCAGCUAGUGGGGUUAGGGCUUCCUCACCACAGACGACUUGGUUUGCCUUGUUGACAUAUUCCAUGAGGACGGUUGAGUCACUUUUGUCAGCCAGUACGGCUAAUAUACCGCCUCAGAAGCAGCAACUCCUUGAUUGGUAAAGUUUGCUGAUGUGUUUGCCGAAGUAGGGCCGGUGGCACAGCUGUCCAUGCCUGCAAGCCUGUUUUCGAACUCAAAACCCAACUGGCAUUUCGUGGGUGCGCAAUUACCCAAGGACAUUCGGUGAUCGCAUGAGCCUGCUCGGUUAUAGGCGCCUCCUUGCCAAUUUUCAAUGAAACUACACUCCAGACUCCAUCAUCGCACCUUGCCCUGCCUGCCCAUACACAACUCUCCACACCACGCGCCACACCCCACAACACUUAUGCCUUUUUCUGGCAGUAGGCACGUGGUCUGCUUCGCCACUGCCGCAAUGACACAUGCCAUGUGGAAGCAUGUUCUUGGAUGCAUCCUGGUACGUUACUUGGUGACCAGGCCGUAUGCGACUCACGUUGACAGGGUGUCUAGCUUUGUCAGCCACUGCAUCCAAUAGAAGCGAAGAGACGAGUCCCAGGAAGUAGUCUUGAAGAAGGAGCCACGAUCGCCGGGACAAGAGCUUUAUUAGCCUGACGUUUCGGAUUCCUACUCGAAUCCAUCAUCAGAGACAAAAGAGCAGAAACGGGUGGUUGUUGCACAAGGGGCUGCGGUAUUUAUAGGAUGCAGUAGCCAUGCUACCGCAUACCUAUGAACAUUUACGGCUCCCCCCUUUAUCCGGGAUCGUCGCACUUGGUGUGAUCAUUGCUUGAUGGCCGACAUUCGAGUCGAUAAUUGCUGCAAUUUCAUCACGUGCGUUGGAUGUUGGCGUGAUGAUUGCUCGACCAUCUGACGCACCAACCCCGGUGUUGGGACAAGUGUUCACCUCUGCCCUCCCCGAAUGGUUUGUUACUUCGCCUAGGCGAAGUUUCAGUACAGAGUAUGGAAUGGGAAGAUCGUUGCACUUGUUGAUGGACUGGGGGGCAGUAAACCAGUAAACUGCACACAAUCUCUGCGCCAGAUGGUUGACAGGCUCGGACAGUCGACUGAUGCACGAGGGAGAGGGAAGGAGAGUGAAGUCCAUAUUGUCUUGCCAUCGGAGCCUAGGUGAUAAGGGAUUAGAGAGUGUGGUAGGUGCAGUUAUAAGUCUGCCUCACUAUAGGCCACUUUACGUGGAAGUCCGUUUCAUUUUAAGCUAGUUCACGCAAAAGUCUGCCUCACAAUAAACUAAUUCACGCGCAAGUCAAGGUGCUGCACCCAUACGGUGGGCGUCGGCUCUUGUGACGGUCGAACUGACGCAGGAAAUCUGUAAAACAAUACAUAAUAAUUAUCCUCAAACCUCUGACUUGCCACCUCUCAGUUUAACGUGGAAUACUCAACUGCGACGUUGUUUCCCCAGACAUGGUCACGUGAAUCAGCACAUGCAGAUUACCACGUGCUUCUCCGUUUCCUAAACAGAGUUUACGUGUCAAUGGACAGCGGUCAUCUCCUUUGCCGCCAACCUUGAGAGAGAGAGAGAGCAGGACUCUCGAGUUCCGUAUGCAGACGACUUUGUUUCGAGUUCUUGUAUGAUUGUCGCUGUGGGCACAUGACACCUCGCUACAUCUUUGAUGGGGGAUUCUGGGCUAGAUCGCAGUUGGUAGCCAGGAAUGGGGAGCGGACGGCGAAAUUAACCCUAAUCCUAACCUUAACCCUAACCCUAACCUCCAACUUAAACGUUAACUGUUAACCCUAACGGCAUCCCUAACCCUAACCCUAACGUAACCGUAGCCCUUAGAUAAAGCCGUAACUGAGAAGCCUAACAGUAAUACUGAACCCCAUUCGUACGCUCAAACCCUAACCGUAACACGAAAACCUAAUCCUAAAGGCAUCACCCUAACCUGAAAAUCAGAACCCAUUAACCGGUACCUUUGUCCUAACCUCAACCGUAAAACGGAAGUCAAAUGGGACAGAUGUGAUUAUGGAGCCCCACAAAAUAGCCCCCGCAAACAAACCCCCAGCCACCUGUAAUACGGGUCCUGGCUACCAACUGCUAUCUGGCCGAAUUCUGCGUUUUGCAGCAUCAGAGCUCUGCAUACAGUGCUAUGGGUAUGUGAUUUGCACAUGAUAAAUCGAUAACAAAUCCGCCCCACCACAUCCCAUUGCGACCGAAUCAUUCAUGCUGCUGCUCUGCUGCGGUACCCGUUCCCACUCGAUACACAUUCAAUGGAACAGAUUAGUUGUUUCUACUCUGGCGUUACUGACAACAACUUUCAAUGUUCCGUCUUCCUCCCCCCCCUUUUUUUUCCCUUGAACUGACCGGUAUCUGUAUUAUAGGAGUUUACGUCAACCACUUUAACGUCUCACACAGUGUCCGGGUUUUUGCCGACUGCGGGGAUGAUGAGGAGAAUUUAAGGGUAUGAUUUGGGUAGGUGGAGGUAAGGGUGGGAAUAACUGCGUCGGGGGACGCACAUCCACAUGAUUUAUGCCCUGCGGCUGCAUCAACAGCGACACCUUUAUGUAUCAUUGUUUAAGACCUUUCCCUCAUCACUUUACAACACACACACACACACGCUCGCAGUUAGUCUCCCCUAGUAGCCUGGUUUGGUCUAAAUCGCAUUCACCCCUCGUGAGCACUGAGACAAACACACACACACACACACAUGCUAGUCCUGGGCGGUGCCCUGUUUUCGUCUCCACCGGGCACUUCAGCAUCGUCCUGGUAUUCUUUCUGCUUAUUCUGUCUUGAUACAUGAGGGAGCAUUUUUGCCCAGGGAGGCUGGUUACCCUAGAGGGAAAAGCUGGUGGUUGGGCAUGCGCGACGGCUGGGUCGGCGGAAUCCACGGAGCCAUUGUGACAAUUGCGCGCCCCUUUCAAACUUGUGCAGAUUUCGUCAGUUCAUAAAGGCCUUUCAAAUCUAUACAUCCUUUUUCUGUCUUCUUGGCGAUGGUGACCUCCAUUGCCUUGCAGACGUUGCGUGAUGUGGGCUACAUUGUGAGAGGGAGAGGUAGGGGCUUGAAUAGGAUCACCCUAACUUCCUCUUCCCACACGACGAUAAGGCCGUGUCAAGCCAACUGGGGAUGAACUUUGGCGUACUGACCAAUCUGGAAGAAAGCUGUCGGUUCUGCCUGCCAUACGACACGACAGUUUGACCGUCGUUGCCGACGAUGUCCAUCAUGUGCUGCAUAACAUGGUGAAGCAGACACGGUGACUUGCGCGCGAUUUAGUUUAUAGUGGGUUUGGGCUUGCACAGCAUCUACCGCACUCUCUCAUCCUUCCCCAUCUGGACCCGGUGUCAAGACAUAGCCAAGAACGCCGGAGGCGGGGAGGGCGCAGGUGGAUGGCACGCUGAAGCCCGCACCUUGGCGUCCCACACCAGGUACCCUGGUCCACACAGCAAAUGACCAAGUUAAAAUCCUGGCCUGUCAUACACGUGAUAGUCAUUCGACCCGCACGCAUCUAUCAUUUAGGCGAUAGCUGCCACAAGGAGCUAUUGCGACCGGGUUUUCGGCCCCGAGGGCGGACUUGUUCCUUCUGCUGGUUACUAUCGAAGCUACAAUUUUUGAGACUCUGUUAUAGAUCAGGGUUGACCGCAUUAUCGUCAUUUCACCCUCCCCUCCUUAUGUACCGCUGGCAAGACUUAACCGAGCUGACUGGAGAGCAGAUCAGGCACAUUGACCGAUCACUCAUUUUGAUGCCGUUGUUUUUGUGCCACAGACGUGCACUAGCCCUACAGCCGGUAAACAGGCGUCAUUUAUCCCCAUUCCUCAUCUUUGAGACUUAUGACCUUACGGCGACUGGCUUUACUGGUCAACACUGAACACAGACUCGCCUUUUGAGUCGGACAGGAUAGAAUAUCAAGUAGUUCGCACGGCCGGUUGGCGUGGCUACGAUAGUGCAUCAUAUUUGUAUUUUGUAUUUUUAGGUCACUCGGUAGGUCACUCGGCGGGGAUUUGAGAGGGGGGGGGGGGAGAAGGAAAACCUCGCCGGUUGGACAUAGUCCCUCAUUAAACGCCUUGUGGUAGUGUAAGCUUCCUGUUCCUCGCAGUUUGUCCUAAGGGAAAAAGUCACCUUUCAGUUUUUUAGGUUAAGUGAAUAGUGAGGUCAAGCAUAUACAGGCACAUCAAUACUCCUAGUACAACUUAAUGAUGUGGACUCACUUUUUUUCAAUAAAUAAUGUUGUGAGUUGACAUUUGGCGUUCCCUUCACGUGCUCUCCCAAUGUAGCUCUGGUUCUUCGUCCUCUUUCAGGAGUCUUAUCUUUUUUUCCAUCACCACAGUCCUCAGGAGAAAAUACCUUCACUUUAAUGUAAUCUAUUGCUAGUGUGACUUCUCCUUUGCUUUCUAGUGACGGAGAUGUUGGUGAAUGUCCUGAAGAUCUGCUCUGACGAUGAACUACUCUCAGACGCCGACGACACCUUCGAGGGUAAGUUCAGCGGUCCAGCCUCUCCUCCUCCUCCUCCUCCUCCUCCUCCGCCCGCCCGCUCCCUCCUGUUUCCCUGAAUUUCCUCUGUUAUGUGCAUAAGAUUCAUGCCUAAUGGUAGACUCUCGUGUAACAUUCAGCGUUGCCUACAGCACAACCAGGUUAG